GACAUUGACUGAUCUCAUCGCCUCAAGUCACAACGAACGUGUCCUAUCGGAAGUACAUUGUCUGAUGAACACUUGACUUUACUGUUGGUUUGUGAUUUCUUAUUAUAUUUUAAUUUUUUGAAUUACAUGCUUGUUCUUCAGAAUAAAUAUAUAUUUUUCCCCUACUUAAUUCCUACUUGCCCUGUUUAUUCAGAGUGUUCUAUAUUAAUUCUAAUCCUAAAUUCUAAACUAACAAAAAAAGAUAUAUUUUUAAUAAAUAUAGUGAUUGCACCUAUCAUUUAAUAGAUGAUAAACAUGUAGAAUAAAUUGGUUGGAUGUGAAUGUAAUAUACCUUAUUUGUUUGCACUUCACAUAGUCUGCACAUUAAAGUUAUGAUUUACACAUGAAAGCCCAUUGAAUGCACCUUGAUAAUUAAAGCUCUCCUGAAGUGCUUUUUAAUCUUUUUAUUAGGAACAUUUGCGUAUAAUCUUUAUGCAUAGUAAUAUAUCUAUAUCUUGUUGUUGUUUUACUUUGCUAAAAAUAAGCAAGUAGCAAAAAAGAGAAAUAUAUCUGUAAAGAUUCCAAAAUAUUACAACACUCACCUGUAUAUAAGGAAAAAACAUGUUUUGAUGCCCUUAGCUACCGUGAUGUUAUACAGCAAUUAACCAUUGUAAUAAUUGCUUUUAGGAUAACAUGCUGCCUUUGACCCUCAUCAGUUAAUGUAUCAUGGACAUGGCGUGCCCUCAUUAUCAAACAAAUUUUACAACCAUUAUAAAUAAUUACAGGAAAAUGUCAUUGGGGCAAACAGGAUUCAAAUAUAUCAGCGAGAUAUUUACAAAAACUAAUUAAAGGAAAUCUUUUCAGUGUUGACAAAACUUUAUGAUUAAUUGAGUGAGAAUGCAAGAAAAUGUAUAUAAUAGUGAAUGUAAUAAGAGUAUACAAUUUUGGAUAUUUUGUGAUCUAUUCUAAUUGGUAACUCACUCAAACUCAAGUAUAGGUGCCUGUGCCAAAACAAAUGAGGAUUCCAGCAUCAUACUAUUAUCUGUCAAUCACUGCAGGGGCAGCAUUCUAUAAUUUUCAAUUAUUGCAUUUGUGAUCUUACUAUGUAUGUCCGCACAUAAAUAAUGAAUAUAAUUGGGGUUAAAACCCAUUAGUAUUUCCACAUUUGGAAGUCUUAGCUGCUGGGAUCUGACAAUGCUCACCGAUAACUGCAGUUCGCUUUUUGUCCCUUGUGUACGUUUGAGCAUUAUUCCACACUCGACUUUGUAUUUGGUUUAAGCUGUUUUUAAGCUUUUUCGUUGCUUCAUAUGCAUUCUUAUCAACUUUGUCUACUAAAGAAGAAUACAAAGUGAAUUUAAGAUUUAAGGCCAGAGUUGGUGAAUUGGAAAAAUGUAAACCUUAAAUGCGUAAUUCACUUUGAAUUCUCACUUUAACCCUGUAUGUGUAGAAACCCUUCAAUAAAAAUGCUCGCCCCCUACAGUUUACUUGGGGCUCUAUAUAACUAAGUGGGAUACAGAUGUUGUGGCUAGCACUGGUCUGUGAAUGUGUCCUCUUCACUAGUGCUGAACUGCAAAAAGUUAAAUGUGGGAUUUAUUUAUUUUUUUAUCCAUGGACCUACUACUUACAUUCCAUCUACACAAUCAUCUAAAAUGUAAAACGUAUUAUUUUAUUUAUUUACAGACCUGAAAGCACUUAUGACAAUGCUUUUCUACAGGUUUGAUAGACAGGGACCAAUUGAGGUUUUCCACCAUUUUCCCGACUCCUUGCAUUAUUUUCCGAUCCCAUUCUUCAAAAAGCAACAUUGUUUCUUGUAAAUCCAGUUUGGGAAUCCCAACUACAGUUUACUCACCUGUUUGGAAUCACCAGACAUUAUCCACAACUCCUUGAAGAUUGAUACAAUGUUUUGAAAGAUUCUCGUGAGAAUUUCCAUACAUUAGUGAUAUCAAAUUAGUUACUUUUGAUGGCAUAGUGGAUUUCUGUUGUACAAACUCCAGUAGACAUUUUUCAGAUUUAGCUACAGUCUUGUUAUCAGAAGCAUGGGAACCAGUUACUGAAAUAAAUUACACUAUAUAACUGUUCCACCUCUGCCCGUCAGGCUUCAUCUCACACUCAUACUCAGUGGCGCUCUGCAUUUAACAUCCUGCAACAAAGCCAACAACCCUCACCUCCUCCCGCACACCCAGGUUCCCCCUAAAUAUAUAGCAUGCUCCUCCAGCUGUUUGAGAUUCUCCCUCAAUUACCUAUUCAUUCCCUUUAUAUUUUACCAAUAGCUGCUUCUCUCUGUUAAUUCUUUUAGCUAUCACCUCCAGAUUUCCCCUGCUACCUCUUGUCUCAAAUCCCCAUUGUAUCCUUUAGAUUGUAAGCUCAGGUAAGCACUUUGUAUAAAAGAACUCCAAUGGCUAGUUAUCAGCUUAAGGGCAGGGCUCUCUCGACCUCUUGUAUUUGUCUGUGUAUAUUGUAUGUUCUCUACUAAUUGUACAGCGCUGCAGAAUCUGUUGGUGCUUUAUAAAUACCAGUAAUAAAUAAAUAUAUGUAUGUGUGUGUGCAUGAAUGUGUGUAUAUGUGUGCGUGUAUCAGAGUGCAUGUAUCGGUGUAUAUGUGUGUAUGCAUGUAUUAAAAUGUAUGCGUCCAAAGAAGAAACAUGGCUGCAAUAAAGGUGAUAUAGUAUGGGCAACAUCACGACAAUGUAACAACAUAUAUUCUAAUUAUACAAUAUGUAUAUUUUGAUUUACAACACCGUUUCCUUGCCUGUUCCCUCUUUAUUUGGUAAAUAAUUUUUUUAAAGUUGCUCUGUCUAGCCAAAUUUUUCAUUAUUGUUUCCAUUUAAUAAUGUGGGAUCUAUGCAUGCUGAAAUGAAAAAUACAUUUAAACAUUACUUCCCAGGACACUUAAAUCACUCAGAUUCUGGGGCUUCUUUCUUUGCAAACUGCUUGGUGGCAAAGGGCUAAACAUGUUUCAUUUUGUCAUGUCAGCAGGCCAAGGACUGAUUGUAUAAUUUGAAUUCACGCUUGUGAAUAACCCUGAACGUUUAUAUACUUUUGAAAAUGAAUAUAUAUAAAGCAUUGCAAUACAGAUAAACAAACUCUAGAUGGCACCAGGUUCUUGUAUAAAAAUAAUGCAACCUAAUGUAGCACUUGAGUUCUACAAACAGAUGUAAAUCUUAGGUACAAAUGGUAAAGUUCCUCUCAAUCUAAAUUCAUCGUAUUUCUAUUUACUGUUGUGAUUUUAUGAUCUGUACUGCAAUUAAGUUUCCAUGAAUAAUUGGACAGUUUUUUUAUAUUUUAUUUUAUUUUACCCAAUUCACUGGACAGCUGGAGAAUUUGUCAGGGUGACCGCAGCAGUGCACCAAUGGUGGGCCGGAGUAACCCCAGGGGGGGAGUGGGGCAGAGCUCAGGAGCCGUAAGCUCCAAGUUAAGGCUGCGGAUCGGCUGCCUUCCUGUCCUCGACUGUAGCAGUAGGCCACAGGAAGAUCCAACAUAGGCAAUGUCUACCGAUUACAGGCUGAAAGGUAUCAAUGAGUGGUAGGACGUUUUUUCCUGUAGGACUGCAAGAUUUAGCCGGCAAAGUGCGCACCAAAGGUCAGUUUGAGGCUCUAAAACUCAGGGUAGAAGCUAUAGAGCCAUGUGGCCAUCCUGGUUGUCGGUCAGGCCCCACCCCCGAUGCACUAAGACUUUAAAUAGACAGUCCACUGCCCAAAUAUAAAAAUGAAAAUCACAGUUUACUAAAUAUACCCCAAAUGAAAACAUGCAUUUAAUAAUGCAUUUGUUCAUUUGAUGUAUAUCUAGAAACAGCUUUCAAAACGUGCAGAUCUUUUGUCUGCUGCCUUUGCAAGCCCUCCCCUCCUAACUCCACCCAGACCAUCUGUGACUGUCCAGCCCCAGACAUCCCAAUGCAGCUCAAUGAGAAGCCUUUGCGGGGCAAGUGCUCUGGGCAAUUUCCUGACUCUUGAGCUUAGCUGCACUGAGCUACACAACCAGGAAGUGAUAGGACCUGUUGUUUGUUUGAAAGCCAGGGGGUGCAACUAUGUUAAUUUUUUUAAACGUGCCAAUUUCUAUUGAAAUCUGCACUUUUUGAAAUUUGAAAAGAAAGUACACCCACUCUUCAGUUAUAAGGCAUUUCAGCAAGCUAAAGUGCUUUAGUGGUCUGGAAUGAACCCUUAAGUCCAAAAUUAAUAUGUUCAGCUACCCUGUAGGUUAUUUUCUGCCAUUGUGUAUCCUUCCAUAAGAACAGCAAAUCCAUUCUCCGUUCACUCAGAUUUAGAUGGAACAUUAACCAGACUUUUUUAUGGAACCAAUAGGCUGCAACAUUUGGUUAAUGAAAUAACUAAUUAUUCAUUAUUUAUAGUAUUGGAGCCUAAUCCCAUCUUUUUCUUCAUUGUAACCUGUACGCCUUGCUGGCCUGAAUUAGAUGCCCAUUUUUUCAUUUCAACUUAUCAGCAACUAAUUUUCUCUGAAUGACACUAAAUCUAUUAUAUCUUUUUAAUGUUCUUUUACCUUUAAGUGGUUCAAGUUACAUUUUAAAAUGGAAAAAAAUUCAACAAAAAUAAUCUACCAAAAUAUGGAACAUGAGACCAAAAAAAUCAGCCUUUUAGAUUACCACUGUCAUCUCCUUUAUUACCAUUAAUUCUAGACUACAGCCAAUAUUAUUUUUGCAGCUUCACUACUUUUCUAGCUUUUUACAUAGUAUGUUUUGUGGAAUUGUACUACUGGUAUUUUCACUUGACUUAAUAUUGUGCAAAUUCCUUUAACCAGCCAGCAUUAUACAGUAUAUUUUGUUAAACUGAGAAUUGCAUUUGAGGACUUUAAAGUACCACAAACAUGUAUUCCUUACACUAUAUUUUUUAACUACCGAUUAUGGACCCCGGCCCCCCUCAGAGUGGAAAUAAAUCAGGUUUUAAACUUACCUUUUCUCCGUCGUACUGGUCUCGCAACGGCGGGCCCUGCCUCCAUGGCAGAGAUCAUCAAUCUUGACAAUCUCAACCAAGCCAGUGAAAGCAAGAGGCGCAUGCAUGGCUAAACACAGCCCAGGCCAAUUAGCAUCUCCUCAUAGAGAUGCAUUGAAUCAAUGCAUCUCUAUGGGGAACUUCAAGCGUCUCCCUGCAGGCAUUGAGGCGCUGAACAUAGGUGUUGCACACUAUGCAGCACUAGACUGGGAAGCACCUGUAGUGUCUGUCUGAGUGGCGACACCUAGAGGUGUUACUCGGCAGUAAUGUAAACACUGCCUUUUCUCUGAUGAGGCAGCGUUUACAUUGCUCAGCCUGCAAAGACAUACUAUACGCACCAGAACAACUACAUUAAGCUGUAGUGAUUCUAGCGACUAGUGUCCCUUCAAGCAAAUCUCUAGACCCAAUGAUGAUUAUUGAACGAACCUGUAAUAGUGAAACAUUAAUACAAAUUUUUUUUCCAAUUUGACACAAUAAGAUUGUUUCCAGUUUAUCACUGGUCAUAAUUCAUACUAAGAGUGUUAUCUAAAAUGUUUGCUGGUUAAGAUGCCAGAUCCUGUGUAAAACUUGGCUCGACCAUGUAGGAGAGCUGGCAAGCUGUCCAUGGCAACUGUAUCUUGUGUUACAUUUUUAUCUUUAUCACCUACUGGAGUUCAGCAUGAAAGAUUUCAGUACAAAUAACAGUGCAAGCUGCUAAGGAAAUUCUGGCUGUCAGUUCAGUUUCAGUAUUAAGAUAAUCCAAAUAAUGUUUGGAUAUAAAGAAAAUAGCAGGGAUCUUAAGAUAAAUGUUUGUGAACCUACCUAAUUCUGCCCAUCACCCUUCUCCUAACCAGUUUGUGACAUGUCUAUUGAUCAUUGAGAUGUGAUUCCUAGCUUACACAAGUUUCUAAAGUCAUUAUAUAGCCCCUUUAUAUAGAUUCCAAGAUGACGCCAUAUAAAUAAGGAUGUUCUUUCCAGGUAAAACAAAUAGAUACAGACAAUGUACCACACUGUGCGGUAUUUAUUAUAACCAAGUGCUAACAAAGAAAUGAACUCUAACAUAAAAAGCUUCCUUCAUUUACAGUGGGAGAUGGAGCAAAGAUACGAAUGUUUAGGUACGCCAACUCUAACCCUAACACUACUAUACCACUAACCUAAUACUAAUCCUACUAUACCACUAACCUAAUACUAAUCCUUCCCUAACACUAACCCUACUAUACCACUAACCUAAUACUAAUCCUACACUAACACUAACCCUACUAUACCACUAACCUAAUACUAAUCCUACCCUAACACUAACCCUAACUACCUGAUUCCCUGUGAUAAAAUCAAUACUGACAUCAACAGAGAGAUUUCCUAUAUCAAUGUACAGAGUUCUUUGUACUAAGUGAUUCAAACCUGGGGCUUCCUAAUUUUAAGGCAGUAAUAUUACAACUGCUCUAGCCAGCCUUGACCUAACUUUGUAGUUUGAGGUUCAAGGACUAUCAGUACCUGUGUCAUCGACUCGACUGGUUUUUUUUUUGUAUUCACUGUUCGAUCACUUAAUUUAAAUUCAUAAAAUUUAACAGAGCUCUUUAAUCCCCCUAACUAGAUGAGUAGCCUAGUGCUCUGAGCACUUUAUUGUCAUUCGUGUACUACGGAAUGGAUAUUGGUUAUGUACAAUAACACAUUUUGCAUUACAAAAGUGGCUAAAGUGCCUAUGAUCAAAAAAUCAAAACCAAAGGGUAGUGCCCAUAGAUUCUUGUCGCCAUAAGUACAAUAUUGAGCUGUUGUGGCUAUGAUGCUUAGGAUGCUCCUUUAAAUCUCAAUAAUUUGAAUUGAUUCAACUUCAGACAUUUCACCCCUGAUUAUCAAUUAACUCAUGGAUGCUAUUUGUGGACAUAUUUGUGGUCACUCUGUGAGGAUGUGAUGUCCUUGGCAUCUUGGGGGACGCACUUGUCAUGUUUCUCCUUGGCCAACAAAUCGUAUAAUGGCUUCUUGGGUGAGUGCGCAUUUGCCCUGGUGCUCCCUCCCUGGAUCUAGCCCUGGCAACAGUACUGGCUGCAGGUUCGCAAGGAGCAACAGCUAACACACCUGAACCACUCGCAAACACCUAUCCAGCAGGCAACAGGGAAAAGCAAACAAGAACCUGCUUGAGCUUAGAAGAUGCCAACCGUGACUCUGUGCUGAAGGCUACUCUAUAGUUACGUAGAUGGCAAUAGGAGGUAGGAAUGACUGCUCAUGCUGCUAAUAGUAGGACACAGAAAAGCUAGCCUGAUAUUAGUGAUGUAAAAGUAGUAAAGCCCAAUGGUGGUGGGAGUCCUGUGAUACCUAAUGGAAAAUGACGAUUUGUGAUGCCUAAUGGAGAUGGGAGAUAGCAGGGUGAUGCCUAAUGGAGAUGAGAGGGGGAAGGGGUGAUGCUUCAUGAUGAUGUGAAACACCACCAUAAGAAAUCACCCCCCUCUCACUUCCAACACCAUUCGACAUCACCCUCUCCCAUCACCUACUAGGCAUCACCCCACCCUCUUCUCAUUUCAUCACUAGGUAUCACCACCACCACCAUUAGGAAUCACUCCUCUCCCACCAACGUAGCGCACUUCACCUCCCUCUGUUCUUACUAUUAGGAAUUAUAUUAUCCUCCUGGUUCCAUCACCAUUAGGUAUCACAACCUUUAAAAGCGCUAGUAAACCCUUUUCAAUUCCUACCUGCAGCAUUCUCCCUGAACCUUUCUCUCCCUCCCCUCCACUGGCAGAUGGGAGAUGGAGGAAGGGGUUGCUGAACUGGGGUGAGAAAGAGAAGAAGUACUGGCUGACAAAUAGUUACGCGAGAGAGGGAAGUGAUGCCUAAUGCAUGUAUAUUGGUGAUUGGAGAGGGAAGGAAUCAUGACUAUUGGUGAUAGGAGAGGGAGUGGGAUGAUACCUAAUGGACGGCCCAAGCCCACCAUAAAUAGGUAUCAUCUUCUCCCUCUUGCACCACUAUUAGGCUUAGCCCCUCUACCUGUCCCUUCACAAUUAGACAUACACCUUUUCCAUAUCUCUUCACCAUAAAGUAUCAAUCCCCUUCCUCUCCCAUGAUUAUUAUGUAUGACUUGGCUCCCCCAUCACCAUUCGACAACCCCCUUCAUCUUCCACUGCCGGGAUUAGGCUCUGCGUUUUCCUGAGUAUUUCUCUCCCAUAAAUAUUAGAUUGGAGAUAGAAGGUUGAGCCUAACGGUGUUGGGAAGGGGAAGGGUAGAUGGAUACCUAAUGGUGGUGGGAGAGGGAGGGGGAGGAGAGGAAGGGGGGAUACUUAAUGAUGAUGUAAAAGAAAUUGGGGGUGAUGCAUAAUGGAUAUGGCAACUGACAAUCUGUUAAUUGAGCGACUGGUGGGAAUAUGAUGUAAGGAGGGUCCUGUCAGAAGCGCCCUUGGCUAAAAUAGAGGCCUUUUCUAGCAGUAUCUGUCUUGUGUAUCAGUGAGUUUGUGAGAUUGCCUGAAUUUGUGUGUGUAUCUGCGAAUGCCUGUAUGUGUAUCAGAGUGAUUAUCUGUGAGUCGGUGUCCGUGUAUCAGUCAGGGUUUGUCUGUGAGUGUGUUUAAGAGUAUGGAUCGGCAUGUGUAUGCAUGGAAGUAUGGAUCUGUGUGUGUGUGUCUGGGAGUAUGCAUCUGUUGCUUGUGCCUGGGGGUAUGAAUUUGUGUGUGUGUUCCUGAAAGUAUGCAUCUGUGAGUAGGGAUUAGUGGCAUCCAUAUUAUAAGGCGUCUUUGACAGGGGCCUCUGGGUAAAUUGAGUUUGACACCUCUGAUUUACAUAACACAUUAAAACGGUAUGAUCAAAAUGCCCCCCAUUUUUAAGCAUUAAAAAAUAAUGCAAAAAUAAUUAAAUAUGAAUAAAAACAACACUUACCAUGAAAGUUCCCCGUUGAAACACAGAGUAGAGCUUAGUCCCAGUUGCGUGUGGCAUGGACGCCGCAGACACAAGACACAAAACUGAUCUUCCUUACCAGGACGUCAGUCAGACAGCUGGGAAAAGGUGGAGCUUCAAGCUCCAAAUCUCUGAAAAUAACAAGAUGUGAAAACUGAGAGCCAGGGACGGGCUGGGAAGGGGGGCAGGGAGGCAAUUGCCCCCCAGGCUGCCAGCAUCCAGCCAAAAAAAAGCAAAAAUCUGAAUCCCCUGCCUCUGGCUGAGGACUCAGAUUUUUUAACUUACCUCACUCUCCCUGCAGCCUGCAUAGGAGUCAGUGGAGUCGGACAGAAUCUUCCUGAUGAUGUCAGGAGGAGGGAACGUGACUUCCACUGCUCUUCUCCCAGGGCCGCUGGGGGGCCUAGGAGAAGAGCAGAGGAAGUCACGCCCCCUCCUCCUGACAUCAUCAGGAAGAUUCUGUCCGAAUCCACUGACUGCUGCUGCUGGAUGCUGGUUGCUGUUGCCCACCCCUCCCUGGCCUAAAGUAAGACUGAGGGAGGGGGGGAAAUACACUUUAUUUAUUUUUUAUUCCCCUCCUCAGUCCCUGUCCCCUUAGUCAGCCCCUGUCCCCCCUCCUCAGCCCCUGUCAUCCCCCCACCUCAGUCCUGUCCCCUUAGUCAGCCCCUGUACACCCUCCUCAGCCCUGUCCCCUGUCGUCGUCCCUCCUCAGUCCCUGUCCCCUUGUCAGCCCCUGUCCCCUUCCUCAGCCCCUGUCCCCUUACUCAGCCCAUGUCCCCCCUCCUCAGCCCUGUCCCCUUAGUCAGCCCCUGUCCCACCUCCUCAGCCCUGUCCCCUUAGUCAGCCCCCAUGCCCCCUCCUCAGCCCUGUUCCCUUAGUGAGCCCCUGUCCCACCUCCUCAGCCUAGUCCCCUUGUGUAUGUGUCCCCUUAGUCAGCCCCUGUCCCCUUGAUCAGCCUCUGCCCCCUUGCUCAUCCCCUGUCCCUUUCUUCAGCCCUUCCCCUUCCUCAGCCCCUGACCUCUUUUGCCCAGCCCCUAUCCCUUUCCUCAGCCCCUAUCCCCUUCCUCAGACUCUGUCCCCCCUCUCAGCCCCUGUCCCACCCUUUCCCUGCUCCUUUCCCCCCUCUCAGCUCCUGCUCCCUUCCUCAGCCCCCUACUACAGCCCCAUAACAUCCACACUACAGCUCCUCUCCCCCAAUUGCAACCCAUAUCAACCACACCACAGCCCCUUUCCCAAAUUAUAGCCAUCAACCUACUUCAGCCCCUAUCCCCCCCUCUACAUUUCCUAACCCCCCAAUUACAGCUUAUAACCUCCACUACAGCCCCUGUCCCUUUACUAAGCCCCUGUCUACUGGUUUUAAAAGUGUAAAGUUUGGGUGUUUGUGUGUGUAUGAGUAUGUUUGUGUGUGUUGGUUUGUCUGUGUGUGUCAGUAUGUCUGUGUGUGUGUGUGCGCCGGUAUGUCUGUGUGUGUGUGCCAGUAUGUCUGUCUAUGUGUGUGCCACUAUGUCUGUCUAUGUGUGUGCCACUAUGUCUGUCUGUGUGUGUGUCAGUAUGUCUGUCUAUGUGUGUGUCAGUAUGUCUGUCUGUGUGUGUGCAAGUAUGUCUCUGUGUGUGUGCCAUUUGGUCUGUGUGUGUCAGUAUGUCUGUCUGUCUGAGUCAGUAUGCCUGUAACAGUGUGUCUUUCUGUGUGCGUCUGUGUGCCUGUCAGUGAGUGUGUGCGUGUGCCUGUCAGUGAGUGUGUGUUUUUCCUAGUGUGCGCCAAAUCAGCAAGUGUGUGUGUGCCUGUUAUUGAGUGUCUGUUUAGGUGACUGCCCACCCCCCCUUUCAAUCACAUGGGAAAGGUGCUUUUACUCUCCUCUUGGUGCAAUGGGCCACUUGACUGGAUUUGCCCCCCAGGCCUAAGGCUGCCAGCCCUCCCCUGGUCACUGCACCAGAACUACUUCAACAAGCUAAAAUAGACUUGGUGUUUAGAGUUACCCUUUUAAAGAAAAAGGAAAAAACAAAACAAAAUUAAUAUAAUUUAAUUAGAAAACAUCAAUAAAGGGUUACUCCAAGAACCAUGACCACUUACAGAGUUUAAGCCUCAUGCUGCUGGGAGUAUAAAUCCACCUUUGUCAAUGUUAUUUGGGUGUCAUUAGCUAGCCCAGAACUGCUAACCUAAACUCUGUGCAUAUUGGAUACCUGACCCCCCAACCUCCCUGUCACCUAUGUUCUACCCUUUCAGCAAAGGGGAGGGAUGUCAGUUGAAGAAAAACAGAGUUUAAUGGUUGGAGUAACUCUUUAAACGUACAGUGUACAUGUUGCGACAACUUUUUCUUACAUCCAUACUCUGUAGUAAGUGCUUGGUCCACGUUAUGCAUGCAGUGUGUACAUGCCACGUGCACAAUUUAGACUUAGUUGACAUUAAAUGGCCAGAAUUGAAAUUUCCAACUACUGUAAUUAACAGCUUAUACAGACUACUUAACAUAUAAACUUAUAUCUAAACCAUGCACACAACUGUACUAUGCACCAUCAAUAUUGCAAUGUUGUGAUGGUACUUAGACUGACCCAUUAAUGGUGGUGGGAGAGGGAGUGGGUGAUGCCUAAUAAAGAUGAAUGAAGGCGAUGCAUAAUGGUGGGGGAGAGGAAGAGGGUGAUGCUUAUGUUGAUAAUAUUCACCAUUAGGCAUCACCUCCACCCUCUCCAGUCACCAUUAGCCAUCAUUUAUUCUCUCUUCCAUCAAAAAUAGUUAUCACACACUCUCUCUUACAUCUUUAUUAGAUAUCUCCAGGUGUGCUAUCAGUGACGUAUCUGUGUGUAUCUAUAUAAGUGUGUCUGUCAAUGUUUAUCUGCAUUGGUGUGUCUUGCAGUGUGUAUCUGAUCGUGUGUCUGGCAGUGUUUUUACGUGUGUGCGUUUGGAAGAGUGUAUCUCUAUGUGAGAGUGUGCAUAUGUUGCAAUAAUUUUGUUUGUUUUUGUAUUGCAGUGUAUAUUUGUAUUUGUCUUGCAGUAUGUACCUGUAUGUGUCUUACACUGUGUACCUGUAUUUGUGUGUGUCUGUCAGUAUACAUGUAAGUGUUUGGAAGAGUGUUGUGUGGGAGCUUAUGGACAUAUUUGGCAUAGUGUUGUGUGGGAUUCAAGUAAUGUUUUAAAUUCUGAUAGCAGCCUGUUCAUCCCAUCCCUCUCCCACCACCAUUCUGAAUGCUCAGUGCAGCAAUUAACAGAGGCAAUGCAUGUACAGACUGCAGCUCGACUCUUGAUCUGUCAGAAGAAAGAGAGCUCCAUCCGAGUAGUGUGUGCGAAGAUCUGGAAGAAACUGAUAUCAGGCAUCUGGAGCCUUCAAUUCCAGUUGCCUCAUAUUAAUUUUGUCUCACAGUUUUAAAGAAGAAAAACAAAAACAAAUAAGGAGAGCCUGCACACAAGUAAUGAUGGUUAGGAGGGUGCAAGUAAUGGAUUUACAACACCAGCAAUUAAAUAAAGGAGUUACCAGCAUGUGAUUUCAGCAACGUUUUGACACAGAGUGUUUGCCAAGGCUGGCUUGACAGACAUCUUUUCCAUGCGUUGAAAUGUUGCCACGUUUACAUGCUGGGGUGAUAAACUCCUUUAUUUAAUUGCUAGAGUUUUGAAUCAAUUUCUUGUUUCUGUUAACAGCUCUGAGGGGAUGGCAUAUAGCUCUGUAAUUUUUACAAAUCGCAGCUGUUCUAAGCCACUCUUUGAGCUGAGAGUGAGUGCAGGAUACUGUAUGCACCAUCAAUAUUGUAGCGAUUCAAAGUAGAUGGUGCUUACACUAACCCUUUAAUGGUGGUGGGAGAAGGAGUGGGUUAUGAUUAAUGAUGAUGUGAGAAGAUGAUGUCUGAUGGUGGUAGGAGAGGGAGGGGAUAAUGAUUAUGUUAAUAACAAUCACUAUUAGGCAUCACCCCUUCUCUUUCACCAACUGCUAUCAGAUCCUCUUACAUCUUCAUUAGACAUCUCCAGAGCUGCCAUCAGGGGCGUAUUUGUGUGUAUCUGUAUGGGUGUCUAGCAAUGCAAAUUAGUGUGAGUGUCAAUCUGGCAGUGUGAGCUUCUUGCUAAGUCUCACACCAUGUGCCCGUGGGUGGCCCCACAAGCUGUUACCAGUGGUGGAGCCAAGGGAGAGCACCAGGACAAAUGUCCCCCCACCCGAGAAGCUAAGGGACAAAAUAACUCUUGGACUAAGUUUGAGGUCUCAAUCAGGGCCGCUAUCAGGGGGUGACAACCAUGACGGUUGUCACGGGCCUGACCGACCUGGGCCCCACGUGUAGCGGCGGAACAAACAGACUUAGGUCUUCUUAAAGGACAUCUGAUUGUUCACCUGCUGAAGUAAAAACAAUACAAAAUCAUGCAUGCUUUAAUAAUGUCGACACUACUUCAAGGCAUAGGUAACCUUCGGCACUCCAGAUGCUUUGCCAGUAACAUGGGUGUAAGAGCAUUAUGGGGGAUGUAGUCCACAACAUCUGGAGUGCCAAAGGUUGCCCAUCUCUGAUAGACUCGUAGUAUGACAUUACAUUUACACUAUAAAACACACCAAUAAUAUGAAUAUGCAGUUCUGAUAAAAGCAAUCAUUUUGCAAAAGAAACAUAUACAACACCCAUUAUCAUAAAGCAAAACAUGUUUCUUUUAUUUUUAAGGUCUGAUUUGGAUUAAACACCCAGAAUAUAUCUCCCAUUCUGGAUAUACUGCACAUUGUCUUUUGUGUAACCAACCCCACUUCAAUUAAUUGAUCCCAUUGGCUGUGCAUCAUUUUUUUUUUUUUUGCAAAUUAGAUUUUUAAUAUCCUUUUUUUCCAAGCAAAAUGCUAUUGACUCGUCCACCAUGGAGUGUAAUGUCCUCCCUCCAUGACUACUGGUAAAGGGAAAUUAAAAACAUCUUUUAACCCACAGAAUGCAGCCCCUACCCUACCCCACAUAUUUAAACACACACACUGCAUCCACUACAAAAAACACAACCUUCUCUACACAUACACAUAAUUAUUCUUGAAAAUAUUUUGAAAACAUUUAAAAAUCUGGCUGGCGUGGUGGAGUCUGACGGCCAAGCAGACCAAAUGUGUGCUGAUAGUGCUCCAGUGUCUGGCACCGAUUAUCUGGGGGUGGGGGUAUUCCGAGCUCACUCGCUGAUCUGAGCUCAGUCGAGUGAUAUUCAUACAGAGGGGACUUUGGUGUCUCGGGGGAUUGCCCGAAAAGAGGCUUUAUAGCCUAAACGUGAUAGAGAUGCGGAGAGAUGGCUGUUCUUUAGCUGGCUGUGUGGAAUCAGUGUAUUCCAAACCCCGGUGGGGGUUAUCCUUGUCCCAAUUGGACCAAACCAUCUAAUCUGCAAUAUAACAGAAGAACACUCCUUCACAAAAUUGGGCGAACUCGAGCUACAUAAGAUGGCGGACACCUUAACUUCUGCAAUACGAGGCCUGGUGCUGAACUCCACAGACAGGUAUGGUUCCCUUGAUCAAACUAUGUCUAACCUGGAGAAUGUACGGACGCUGCUUCAGAGAAAAGCUUGAGGAACAUUGGAGGUUGGCGGCGACAGAAUUUCAGCCGAUUGAGGAAGCCCGACUGCACCAUGGACGGGGAUCGGUGGAGGCCCUCUCCUGGGCUAGUUGGCUAAGUGACGGCUGCCACCCACAUCAACGGUCUACCUGGGCUGAAGGCUGCUUGGAGUUUGACCCUACAAUACUAUCCACAUAAGGAGCACCCUAAAAAAAAUUAACUUCACCCUCGAGCCAUCCACAUUACACCGUACAGGAAGAACUCGGACACACUACGCCUCUGAGUCUGUGAUAAUGAGAUGAUGAAUUACCCCACAUUGGAGCAGUGGUGAGAACGCAACGUGACUGCUUGAACAAGGCAUGGGGUGACUGUCACUUAUCAUUCCUGAGUUGGCCUGCAUUAUAGGUGCAGAGCCCUUACUAUCCAUGUAACUGCCAGUUUACUGAGAGUGUUCCUCCUAUGAGAGCAUUUGGUACCAACUGUACAAAAAUUACAGUUACCAGCAUGAUAUAUUAAUUCAAUUAUUUUGCUAUUUUUUUUACUUUGACUAGUUUACUGUAACAAUCACGGCCAGUGCCAAGGUCAUGCUUUCUUUUAUUAUAACGGCAUUAGAUAUUACUUCCACACACUGUGUAUUAGUCAUCCUUUUCAUCAUCAUUAUAAUUUUUAUUAUUUACCUUUAACUAUACCUGCUCAUUCUCAAUUUGCACUUCUAAUAGUCUAAUAUUUCUUGAAUCUGAGACCGUUUGAAGGUUAAUUUACUCUUAAAAAAGAGGCAAUGUUUAGUGGUAUACGUUAAUUAGCGCUGCCUUUAUUACUUACGACUUAUUGUAUUUAAUUCUUCUUAACUUAUGUAUCUAUAUAUGUCACAAUAAUAAAAAAUAAUAAUUCUUGCUGGCAUGUAUAUUUUGUUUAUUUACCACUCAAUAAAAGAAAGAUUUACAAAAAACAUUAAACACAAUAAACAUGUUCAGUUAAUGGCAGAUUUGUGUAGAAAUUGUUUCUUUUUAUUAUUAUUAUUGCCAUUUAUAUAGCGCCAACAGAUUCCGUAGCGCUUUACAAUAUUAUGAGAGGGGGAUUUAACUAUAAAUAGGACAAUUACAAAAAAACUUACAGGAACGAUAGGUUGAAGAGGACCCUGCUCAAACGAGCUUACAAUCUUUCUUCAAAGCUGUAACUGAAUAGAAUAUCAGUUAUCGACAGUUGGCCGGAAAGGUGACCAAUAAUCGGUAUCAGCUUUUAAAAAUUGAAUCCUAAUUUGUUGGUGGCUAAAGUUCUCUCCGUAAUGGUAUGUAAAAGGGAAUAUAAAACUGAAUAUAGUGCAUAGUAGAUAAGUGCUAACAAAUGGAUAUAUGUUGACUGGUCCAGAGCAAAAAAUGGUUUUGCUCAAUCCACAGGGCUUGGGUAGUAUGUUCCGUACAAGGAAAUGGUGUCCCGAAGGCAGUUAACAAAGUAGGAAGGUCCAGCGGUGGAAAAAACAAUAUAUAUUUAUUAGAGUGACUAAAAACAAAUAAAACAAUAAAAUACAACUCUGACGUUUCACCACUAGGGCUUUAUCUCAAUUCUCUUUUAACGUGAUAUUUAAAAAAAAUCUAGCAUCCCUGCUCUAUACCAACAGGCACACUCUCCACAACUCACAUGUGCAACAGAGCUACCCAUGGCUUUGUUUUCUGAAAACAAUGAAUAAGACUUUAUGAAUGAAUUAGAAAUUGAAUUGCAAAUUUUAUGCCCAAAUAUUAGAAUUAAAGGACCACUAUAGUCACCCAGACCACUUCAGCUCAAUGAAGUGGUCUGGGUGCCAGGUCCCCCAGGUUUUAACCCUUCAGAUGUAAACGGUUUACAUUGCAGGGUUAAUCCAGCAUCCGCACUUCUGCGACGCUCAAUGCGAAAAUUGCAUUGAGCAUGCAAAACGUCCAUAGUAAAGCAUUGAGUAAGGUUUGAAUACGCGCACGACUCUGCUCGAGAGCUGACGUUGGAGGGGGAGGAGAGGUGACCAGCACUGAGGGAGUCUGGUGCUGGAUUAAGCUAAGUGGCUGAAGGGGUUUUAACCCCUUCAGGCCAGCGGGAGGGGUGCCCUGAGGGUGGGGGGUACUUUAGUGGUACUUUAAGAAACACACCUCAAAGUCAGUUAUACUUUCAUUUUGGCCUAAAAUUUUAAAUUCACUUUGCAAAUCACACUUGAUUGAAUAACAAUUUACAUACAGUGUCUAUAUAAACCCUUCAUAGUAAUAUAUGCUACAAACAUUCAACAUAAAAUCAUGCAUUUGCUACUUGCAUGACAACCAGCCACAAUACUUCCACACAUUUCUCAAACUUAAUUUGCAGCAAUUUCCCAAGCUAUCUCCUCACUCAUUUCUCUAAAAGGGCCCUCUGGUCAACAAAAGGAAAGCUAGGCUCCCAACAAUAACUGCCAAUUAAUCUGUGUGACAAAUGAUGCUGAGCCCCCUAAGCCCCGCCCCUCGCUGUCAAAGCAGCCCCAAACCACAACACUCCAUGGAGUAAAUACAUCUGAUACAACGCAGCGCUGCGGGCCUGUGAUUGGUCAAAACCCAGCUAGUGCCGUUGGUCCGCGCGUGCGCAGUUCAAAUUAGACGCUCUGCUGCGGUUUUGCUAAGGCAACGGGCUCUGUUUACACCGUAAAGGUCCCAGGCCAGCUGUUACCCACAUGAACCAUCCAAGGCACCACUGAGGCAGGAGAGGGAGAGCUGUCAGCAUGCCGGUCCGCUUCAAGGUGAGACUGAUCCAUAAUGCAUAAUAUGGCUGUACAUGGUAACUGCCCCUGGGAUGCUUUAUUUAUAAAUGUAUCGAUUUAUCAAGCUGCGCUGUGUUGGAGUGAUGGGAGUGGGGGAUCUGAGAGGAUCUGGGUGCCUGGAGUAUGUGUCCAGGUAAUCACAAGGCAAUGUUCCAAAGCAGCCACCUGGGAAUCCCAUGGAAUGUUCCAGCUGUUCUACUUUUAGAACGUUGCCCUGGAAUCCCACCUUGAUACAUUAUUUCCAGGUAUUUUAUAUUUCUCUAAUAGCAAAGACACUGGUAGGAAAAGGAAGGGUCUGCCCACCUCUAGAACUCCGCGUUGGGAAGAGGGUUGCAUCCUCAGAUUUGUGGAUUACUGUGGAUUAUAUGUUACAUUUGUGGAUUAGGUUUUUUUUUUUUCUGGUUGUAAAUGGAAAGAGCUUAUAUUAUUUGCAGGACUGUGUGAUAAAUGUGGGUCACAGUGUUUAUAUUAACAGUGAAUGGAAAUAAAACAAUAAGGACACUGCAUAAGAGAACAUUACUGAGAAAACGUCAAUUGCAUUGCAUUUAAAGUAUGAUCUGUAGGUUUUUUGUUAACUGAGUUGCAAGUAUUCUUUCAAUGCAGGGUUUAUCAGAAUAUGACAGAAAUUUCAACUGGAAGGGGCCAGAUGGUCAGGAAGAUCCAGUACAUGCAUCGAGAUGGGCUGGACUUAGAUCGGAUGAGCUCGGUGAGAAUUACAUUUUAAACACAAUUACCUGCUGCAAACUACAACAACAACAACAAAAAUAUAUGCCCGACGUGGGAUGAAACUUUCAUUUUCACUUUUGCUUGUUCAGUAGAAACAGAGUUAAAACAUUGUUUUUGCAUGAUCAAUGUAGAAUGGCCACAUUUCAUUGCAGAUACAUGCCAUUUUACACUGAAAAAGUGAGUAGCUCUCAGUGACUUGGGCAGCCUGCUUACUUCCUAGUGAAGUUUGGAGACCCCAAUGUAGGUAAAAAAAAAUGCGUUACCUUUAUUCAAUUUUAUCACCAUACUAAAGGCAUACCUUUUCUAAACCUUUGCUUAUAAAGGUUCUUAAAUAAUAAGGCUUAAGAAAACAUUUGUGGGCCUUAAAUAUGCUGUUACAUUGACGUAUCAUGUAAAGUAAUAACGAUAUUCAUCUACAUAGCAGUUAAAAUAAUAUUUUGUGCCCAAACAAUGACCAAACAUAAUUUUUUUAAAUGAACACUCCAAGCACCAUAACCACUACAUAACAGUGUAUUAGUUUUGUGCCAAGAGUUCCUUAGUUUAGUACUCCCCAUUGUAACUAGUCAAACCAUUUUAAAAUGGGUUGACUUCUUAACUGGGAAAUGCCACUCCCUGCCUCCACUACUGCAUUCAGAGAGCGUCAGCUAAUUGCUCUUAGCCAGCAAUUGGAGCUAUUCCUGUAUUGCAGGGCUUAGUUGAGUUAGAGAGCUUCCAUCUCUCUGUCGGAAGUAGUGAGAGCAGGGAGCGGCGCCCGGAGGACCUCAGUUUGAAUGCCAAACUGUUCUAAAACAUACAUUGGGGGGACCAGGUCACUUCUGGCAUCAUAACCACUCCAACACACUAUAGUGAUUAUGGUAUUUGAGUGUUCCUUUAAUUAAAUCACAUUUUGGCUCCUUCAAUAUUACUGUGUGCCCUGUUUUCAUGUGAAACAUGGAGAGAUUUCCCAUCAUUUGAAGCAGCAGACAUGCUCCUUAAAUAUGUUGCUUCAUCUUUUUGAGGAGAAAAUCAUGUGUUAGAGACACUUAAAGCGGCACUGUUUGGGGACUUUGCCAAAUUUGCUAAGUACCUAGACUGGGACAUUACCAGUGGCUGAAGGGGCAUGUAAAUGUGAGUUUGCUUACCCAAACUUGUCCCACGCGGGCGUAGCAUUCUUGAUCCUGCGGGUUCCUCUUCAGCGCCGAUGUCACUGCUCUACUCCUGCGCCUGUGUCUCCAUAGACACAGCCAGUUCUCUGCAGCCGCCACAGAUGAUGGCUACAGGGAUUGACUCUCUAGCUCUGUGUCAAAGAAAGUCAGGCUUGGGAGAAAUACAGAGACAAAGUAGAGACUACUUUGUCUCUGUAUUUCUCUUGACUGGGUUUGAAUUUCAGUGAAAUUCCAACAUAAUCAUAAUGAGUAUUUUAUAAAGGGUCUAUCGCUAUGAAAUACUCAUUUUUAAUAUGGGGUGACAGUGCUGCUUUAAUUUUUUUUAACAUAACUUGUUAGAGCAUGCAGCUAAAGAAGCACCCCAAACAGCUUAAAGGGACACUAUAGUCACCAGAACAACUACAGCUUAUUGAAUUUGUUCUGGUGAGUAGAAUCAUUACCUUCAGACCUUUUGCUGCAAACACUGUCUUUUCAGAGAAAAUGCAGUGUUUACAUUACAACCUAGUGAUAACUUCACUGGUCACUCCUCAGAGAUCCUUCAUGGGCCAUGGCUGCCUAAAAUGCAUCCAAACAUUCAGUAUCUCCUCCCUCUGCAUGCAGAUACUGAACUUUCCUCAUUGGUUUCCUUCAUUCCUUUCCUUAAUUGAUUCAAUUUAUCUCUAUGAGGAGAUGCUGAUUGGCCAGGGCUGUGUUUGAAUCAUGCUGGCCCUGCCCCUGAUCUACCCCUUUGUCAGUCUCAACCAAUCCUAUGGGGAAGCAUUGUGAUUGGAUCAGGCCACCACUUCUGAUGCUGUCAGCAGACUGCUUGUUUUCCUGAGGCAACCAGCAUGCAGAGUUACAGCUUCUGGCUUAAAAAUACAGUAAGAUUCUGCUAUAUUUAUGGAGCCAUGAGGGAGGUAGAUGGUGGUUUUAACACUAUAGGGUCAGGAAUACAUGUUUGUGUUCCUGACCCUAUCGUGAUCCUUUAACCACCAACCCUUUACAUAGAUUAUGAUGUGUUGAGUUUAGCUACAGUGAAAAUCAAUGGAAUUAUAAGUCCCCCUUCCAUACAUCAAUGAUGUUACAAAUGCUCAUGAAGUGUGAGCAUGCUUUGCACUCCCCACUACUUAUCGUUUUAUGAAAGAACUUGAGUAGUGAGCACUUACAGCUAGCAUCAUUCAUGAAAAAAUACAUGCAUAAAGUUAAUAGACAUGACAAUGUAAUGUAACACUCUGGACAUCAUAACCACUACAGCUUUCUGUAGUGGUUAUAGUGCCAAGAAUGCCCUUGUACCACCCCAUUGUAAGGAGUAAAAUUGUUUUAGAAUGGUUUGACCUUUUACCUUAAAGGGACUCUCCAGUGCCAGGAAAACAAUCUGUAAAAACGCCUUCAGUGACUUACCAGAGGCAGCGACAUGUCCCACGUCGCUGCUUCUUCCUCCGCCGCCGCUCCUCCUCUUCAUUACAUCGGCCGGUGGGUUAGCAAAAUUAGACCUAAUGCGCAUACGCGCCAAUGCCGCGCAUGCGCAUUAGAGCUCUCCAUAGGAAAGCAUUGAAAUGCUUUUCAUUGCUUUCCUGUGGGGAAUUGAGCGACGCUGGAGGUCCUCACACAGUGUGAGGACGUCCAGCGACGCUCUAGCACAGGUUUUCUGUGCUAUAAUCCAGGAAGUGCCCUCUAGUGGCUGUCUAGUAGACAGCCACCAGAGGUGGAGUUAACCCUGCAAGGUAAUUAUUGCAGUUUAUAAAAAAACUGCAGUAAUUACACUUGCAGGGUUAAGGGUAGUGGGAGUUGGCACCCAGACCACUCCAAUGGGCAGAAGUGGUCUGGGUGCCUGUAGUGUCCCUUUAAAGAGCCAGUCCAGACCCCUAAGCAACUUUAAGCUUGCUGAAAAGCUUUAUUUGCGAAGAUUGUGUCCUCUUUUUUUCAUUUUGCUUAAAGUGCAGAUUUCCAUAAAUUAAUCUGGUUACACCCCCUUGGCUUUCAAGCAGACAAGCUCUGCUACUUCCUGGUUCCGCUAGCUUAAUGCAGCUGACCUCAAGAGGCAGCAAUUGCCCAUAGCAUCUGACUUACAAAAACUUCUCAUUGAGCUACAUUAGAAAGUCUGUGAUUGGACAGCCACAGAAAGUCUGGGCGGGGUUAGAAGGGGAGGGCCUGCAAAAGCAGCAGACAAGAGAACUGCACGUUUUGCAAGCUGAUUUUAGAUAUAUCCCCAAUGAAAAAAUAUACACAAUUAAAUGAAUGCAAGUUUUUAUUUGGGAUAGAUCAACCAUUUUCAUUUAUUUUAUUAUUUGGCAAGUGGAGUGUCCCUUUAAGUUCACUGGGUGCCACUCCUUGCCUCCACUAGUACGGCUGGGGAAAUUACAGUUCUAGCAUUAGGUCUCCCAUUAGAGAAAUGGAACUAGCAUUAGGUCUCCUGAGCUAAGCCAUGCACUGCAGGACUUGGCUCAUUGGCUGAGAGUGAUUGGCUGAGUGUUCCUUUAAUUUAUAAAAGGGCCAGUUCCUAUUGAAGUCUGCAGUUUUUGUAAAAUGAUAAAAGUGGACACACUCUUCACACAUAAAGCACUUCAGCCAGCUAAAGUGAUUUAGGUACCUUAGUGUUGGGGGGAGGGAGUUGGUUGGAGUAAAACAACUUAAGCUUCACUAUAAAAUCAUAGUAGAUUGCACAGAUGUUUCUUUCAUAUCUUCUCAUGAAUGACUCUAAUGCAGAGUGCCGAAUAUUUUGUCAUUCUGCUCCUCCAAUAAAAAGAAAACAAACUGCUUUGCCACUUCCUGGGGAAGCUGCAGUAAACACAGAGGAGUUCAAAGUUGAGUGUUUUUACAGCAUUUUCUCCAUAAUACAAUUACGUCAGCUCUUGCCUGCAGUGCCCUUUUAAUGUAGGAUGUAGGCUAAUGGGAUUUUAUUAUAAUAUGAACAGUUGUAUUAUACUUAUAAGGUUCUCAGCAGAAUUCUAAAGACCAAUUAAUGUCAACAAAAAGAAAACAUUCUUCAUUCCUUUCAUAGCUGUGAAGAAAAUGUAAUUUUUUAAUACAACUUAACUGCAGAAGAACACUUGUGCGUUUUAGUAAGUAUUUCAUACCUACACAAACACUCAGCACGUUAUUGAUAAACAUCAUAAAAUUGAUAAAAGUGCGCAGAAGGUAAAAAAAAAAAAGAAGCAAUUUAUUUUUCAAAAGUUGACAAGUCUUGUAUAAAUAAAAACAUGAGGGAGGCCUUAUUAGAUUUAAAUGGACACUCUAAGGACCAUAAACACUACAUCACACUAUACGGUUAUGGUAUCAUUAGUACACUGGCACGCUGAAGUGGUUAAGGUUCCAGUAGAACCCUAGUACACUUUAGUGAUUAUGGUACCUGGCGCCACGUUAAACAGUAUAGGAAGGUUUAACAAUUACCUGUUCGAUGCCUGCAUUUACUUAUCAUUUAGUAGAGUGUGCGUGUGUGGCUCCACACAAUAUUUGGGGGCACAACGAAAACAUGCAUUAUUUAGUUAUGGUCCUGCUAGAGUCUAAAAUGUCCACAGAUUGUACAUAAUACAGCAACGUGGCCCUGGGCAUGCACACAAACAACAUCUUAAGGCUAUUUUGCGAACACCUAUCUUUUAUUCAAAAUCUGGGGUUUUGGUAGCAUCAUAUGGCCAUAUUGCGUUUAAGCCCACCGCUUUUUACAAAGUACCCUAAUAUUAUAAUAUAUUGUGUAAUUGCACAGAGCCGUAUAGUUAUAUUAUAUAACAGGGUGACCAGUGACUGGCGGAGAGCCUCAGCUAAGCACUUUCAGACAAUCACUGCCCCUAUUCCUGCUAUAAAUCUGUAUGGCGUAAAGCUAUACAAGACUAAACGAGCAUAGUUCCAUCAUUGGAGGCCGGGCUUCAGGUUGUCAGGGACCAAGAAUUUCUCCUAAACUCUGGAAUAAUGCUUUAGUAAUGAUGACCUUGUACCUGUGGACAGCAGGUGGUUAAAGUUGUUAUGGUGCCUCCAGUGUUUCUCUAACAAACUUUGAAAUAGAGAUUUAUGUUUAUUUAACAACCACUCAUAUGGCAGCUGAAUGUUAGUGCAAAUAUGGCUGAAAACAAAAUUAGCCUUUCGAACUUCUGGUUAAAACGGACACAUUUAGAAACAGUAAAAUAUUUUUUGCCACCUUUUGGCAUUUAAUGAAUAGACCUCUAGAUGUCGUAGUUAAUUCUUUUGUGUCUACUCAGAUAUUCGUGAGUAUCUCUACUCAUAAUGGCCUGGCUGUUUGUUUGUUUUUAUUAUAAUGGAUUGUACAAAUCAAACCGCAGCUUUACUAUGCAGAUCUAUUUUGAUAUUCUGUUAUGUGACUAGUUAACCACUGAUAUGUUGCUUGUUUAGCAUGUCAUGCGUUACUUUCUGUAAUUGAAAGUUGUUGUUUUUUCCAUUUAAAAGGUAUUACUAAAGAGCCAGGUUUUACUUCAAAACGGAGGGUCCCGUAUUACAACCCACAAAUAUCAAAAUCAUUUCAAUGGGAGGAAGAUGCGGACAUGCCAAAACAUGAAAAAGUUAAAGCAGUUGAACCUGUGAAAAUACAACCAGUUGUUGAAAAGGACCGACAGGUUGAGGAGGAAAUACGCACACCAGAUGCACCACGGAUACAGAAAGCACCCACCUCGUUAUCUGCUCCACUCAGACAAGAAUCUACUCAUGCCUCAUCCCAGGUUAAAAAAGUGCCAGUCACUAAGCAAGGACAGAAAAAAGAAGUAUUAACUGUUGCUACAGGAAACCCCCCAAAAGAUCACCAUGGGGUAAGUGUAACCAGUAUUAACCAUUAAGGACCAAGGCUCUUUGGGGAUGUAACACAUUUGUGACCAAGGCCUUUUUUGGCACUUUUGCUAUGCAUUCAUUUUAACAUUUUAUUUGUUUAAGUGCACCCUUACAUAUAAUAUAUAUAAUUUUUUAGAGGAGAAGUAGGGCUUUCAUUUGUUUCCCUACAUGUAUGCAUAACAUAAUAUUGUUUUUUUUUUUUUUUUCUGUUGUGAAUUUAAGCAUUUCUACACAACAAGUGCAACUAAAGAAAACUAACCCAAUAUGUUUAGGAUUUAAUCUAGUUUUUAGAAAUUAUAAAACAAAUACCGCAAGGAGAAAAUGAUUGUUUUAAAGCUAAAAUCUGGCAUGCUGAGAUUACAAAUUUUAUAUUAGUCACAGAAUCCAAAAUCGCUCCACAAAAGUACAUCCUCCAGGCUAUUUAACUAAGAGCAUUUUGACACUUUUCAUUUAACCAUUUUAUUAUGAACCUUGGUCAAUAUAUACGCUGAACAAAAUUAUAAACGCAACACUCUUGUUUUUGCCCCCAUUUUUCAUGAUCUGAACUCAAAGAUCUAAGACUUUUUCUAUGUACACGAAAGGCCUAUUUCUCUCAAAUAUUGUUCACAAAUCUGUAUAAAUCUGUGUUAGUGAGCACUUCUCCAUUGCCAAGAUAAUCCAUCCACCAAAUAGAUUUUUUGGACCUCCAGUGUUGCUAAAAUCUUCAUAGGGAAGCAUUGAAAGCAUUUUUCAAUGCUUUCCUAUGGGGAGGUCUAAUGCGCGUGCGUCGCACUGCCGCGUAUGUGCAUUAGGUCUCACCCCACCGGCGUCCGCGCAUGCGCAAUUGGCUCCCCCACCGACGUCAUCCGGAGUGUGGGCGGACCCUGGACCAGCGCCGAGGGACAUCGGCGCUGGAGUCUGGUAAGUCACUGAAGGGGUUUAAACCCUUUCAGCAACCUGGGAUGGGGGGUGGGAGGUAGAGGGGACCUGCAGUGCCAGGAAAAGGGUUUGUUUUCCUGGCACUGGAGUGUCCCUGUAAUGUGUUUUUUUUAUUAUAAAUUUUAUUUAUUUUUUAUUUUAAAGAAAUGAAAAACAAAGCCAGUUUAUUUAAAAAUAUUUUAUUUAAAAGUUCCACAGGGUUCUGGCGAAAAAAGCUGGUAUGGACUUGGCUCCUUCACAACAUCCUCUCAAGGUGUCUGAGUACAGGAGGCAGUUCGAAAGGAAAAGUCCUGUAGAAAGUGCUCCACUAAUUGCUGCAGAGCAGGUAUUAUAUGAAUGUAAAUUUGAUUUAUUAUUAUUAUUUUUUUUUAAAUAUUUUUUUUAUAUAUUUUGGAUAGAAAUGGGGUUGUUGUUCUUAUCAAGGAUUGUAUCUAAUCAUUCCCAAAGCAGUGAAAAAAAACAAAAAAACAACACUUUGUUACUGGUACUACUCAUUUCACCUGCCACUGAAUAUACAAUGUUUUCCUCUGGGGCACUUGUGUUAUAAAUAUAUAUCUAUAUAGAUAUAAUAUCUAUAUACCGUAUAUAGAUAUAAUAAAUGUAUAUAUAGUAAAUUAUGGUUCUGUUUAGUUACCUAAAAUAAUUAAGAACAUUUAAAGAUGCUAUAGGCAAAAUAAUAUUUUUUAUAGAAUAAGUAAGUUCUUUUUCCACAAUAUUUAUCCUUCUUGUUUUUACUGCAAUGACCCAGGUAAAUGUGUUAUCACCUUGCAAGCUCAGAAUGUUCCAAAAUUAUGUUGUUUUUAUACUUAUUUAGUUCAAUGAUAUAUUCUGCUUUCCUUUCCAUUUCAUAAUAUCCAAAUCUCCCUCCUAAAUGUAUAAUUCAAUCCAUACCUUUUUCCACCUCUCUUUUUUCACUUUGUGCACCAAAACUUGUUUUUUAUAUGGUCUUUUUUCCUCUGUAUACAUAAAAUAUAAUGUUGUCUGUAACAAAUGUGUAUUACUAUAUAUGUAAUGUUAAUGUAUUAUACCCAUUGAUGGCUAUAUGUCCAAUUUCUAUUUUUUUUUGCAGGUGGUUUAUAACAAAAAUCAGGCAGUUCCUCCAUUUAAAGUUCAGCCAGUCACUACACAGACAGAGUACAAUAGUCAAUUUAAGGGAUCACCGCCUGCCAAAGGGCCGAAGCUAAGAAAAGCUUGGGAAGAAAAAUAUAUCCGUGAAUAUGAGCCAGAAAACCACAUUCGUAGGAGAAAGGUGCGCAGUUACUUACAAAAACAAUGAAAGCUGUCCUUUACUGUCUGUCAUCUGAUAGAUUGCCAGUCACCACGUUUUCUUGGACACACAUCACAUGAUGUUAUAUGUUAUAGGAAAAGUGCAGCCCUGUUCAUGUAUACUUCACAUGAAGUAAGAGAGAAAUAAAUCAAGGAGGAAUCCUGAAAUAACUGAUUGACUGACUGAUUUCCUCCUACAGCAUAGAAUUCUUCAGACUUCCAGACAGCACUUUUCAUGUGCUUCCCAUCAGCAUGAAAAAUGUUCCAUUCGAGACUAUUGUUAUAAGAAUAAUCUGCUCACUGCAUAACCCUGAUCUUUAUUCUGUCAUCUGCAUUGUUAUUUUCUCAUUGUUAUUUUCUUCACUCUUAACGGUUAUUGUCUUCUCGUUAUUGUCCGUAUUGUCACACAUUCACUGUACUUAAACAUUAUUGUUGACAUUUACUUUAGGAUAAAAAGAAAAGGACCAAUAUUGUACGUACUCCAAAUAAGGGCGAACAAACUACAAUUGAACAGAAUGAAACUGGUGAAAGAAAAAUACUCAGAGAAAGACUCGUUCAACAACUUAGCAUUCCUUCUAAAGGGUACAGGUAGGUAACACAUUGCUUUAAAAUUAGAUCUGAACUAGUUCUGCAGAGCUUUCACUUCUCUGCAAGGGAUACUUCCUUGUUCCCUCAACCCAGUAAAUGGGGUGAGAGGUGCAACAGAGGUAUAUAAAAAUACGCACUAAUCUUUGCAGCACAUUGUUGUUCGGGGCAGUUUAAUAGCCCGAGCUGGUCUGAACAUGCAUGUGCUCUCUAACAAUGCCUGAACAUAUCUUCAAUAGUUGUCUGGAGGGGCACUCAAAGGAAUUGAAAUAUUGAACCCAAGUUAGGCCUUGUUCACCUCCAAAUAGACAAUCCAAAGUAGAACAGACACAGGUUCAAUCAUGUAUGCCCAUUAGGUUCAUGCAGGUUUCCAUCCUGUGGAACCUGUGGAUUUCUUCUUUGGAUUGGCAAAACACUGAAUUCAAAAUAAAAUUCCGGGGGUGGGACCGGACCGCCGAGCUGGACGGCCGCAAGUCAGAGCGGCUCCAGUAAAACGCUACUGAAAACCUGACAAAAAAAAGCAUUUCAACCAAAAUCGGACCGACCGCACAGAUGCCCAGAGCCAGGGGACUGCUGGACCCGGGGAGAGGCUGGCUCAUUGAUCUUCAGUCCCCUGGGGGAGAAAAUCUCGUUGCCCAAACCUGGGCCUUCUCUGGCGGUGAGCGGGGCAGACGGCCGCUGCCUCACUAUCCUGCACCACAGAUCCUGGCUGCGUUCUCCCUGUCGCCGGGGGCGUGAUCCCUGUCCUCACCCUGCAGACAUGACCGCGACUAUGCUAACAAGGCCGGGGAGCCUAACCACUGCCGGACGGCACGGAGAAUACCUCCCUCCUAGUGUCUAUUAAUAGCAAGACAGCUCCUGAUGUCCAAUCCCGCCACAUGGGGAAGCGGCAAAACCCGUGGCAAUCCUCACAACCACUCAAGCCACCAUCACGGAACACAGGCGGCUCGAAGAGGCGAGAGACAGCAGCGGCACCGAUAGGACAGAACGUCAAACAGCGACUAUUCCCACCCGGGGUGACCGCACCUUCUACCCAGCGAGACACCUUCAUUAGCGGACCGACCCAGUGCUCACCUACCAUACAGCCUGCAACAGAACAGCCCGGAAAACGGCAGAUCCCUGCAAAUAACACCCAGACAUUACAACAUGGCGAACACCAACCAGCGGAUGACCGUAAGCGGCAAGCCCACCACAGCAAGGCUGCUACUCAGAGGAACAAACGGACACAACAUGCUCUGAAGGACCCUUACUCCCAACUACACAGACAACAGAGCAGGUAUCAGACAAAAACGAGACUGUCCCUAAGUGAGGCGCCUUCGGCCCACCAGGAUGCCGACCCCAUCCCACGGAGGCGACUCUGGUAAUCCCUAACCACCAGGGUGAAUGCUUGACUCAUUCUCUUUUUCUUUUUACCUUACAUAUAGACGGCAAAUCAGCUCAUAAUUAACAUAUACUAGCUUACCUGCAAUAGCAUAACUUAACUGUAUACCACACUUAACUCAACUAUUAUGGCACUGCAUAACAUGCUUUAACAUUAUGGCUCCAUUAGCACAGCUACCUUAACAUAGUUAACCUAACCCUGAUGUAAACGCUGAUUUAGCUAGGCUUGAAACACAAAGAAAAAGGAGUGAAUACAAUAGUCUGUUCUAGAAAUAACAUGAAUAAUAUAUCCCUGCGCCAUAAGCAUACUAUAAUAACAAUUUAUUUUUCUAUGUAAUGUUAAGCUUGACUGAAUAUAUUCCAUAUAUGCACCCUAUAGACUCAUAACGUUGAACCUUGUUAUACCUGUUAAAAAUGUGCAAGGAAAUUAUGCCACUACCUAAUCUGUAUAUUCAUGCAUAUAUGUACGCUGUUGUGGCAUCCUGACAAAGAUAUUGUACUCACCUGCACAAAAAAAUUAAGAAUAAAAAAAAAAAAAAAUCCAAAACCAACUUUAAAAAAAAAUGUUUGCUAGAUGUAACUGCUUUGCUUACAGCCUGUUGUAGUGCUUAUGGUACCAGGAGCACCCUGGCACACGUCUGCUGUUAGGAGUCAAACCUUUUUAAGAAUGGUUCGACAACUUACCUGGGAUUUCUGGGCACCUGCAAGUAGUUUCCACUAGGUUCACUGAGCAAAACCCUGCUGUGCAGGGCCAGCUCAUUGGAUGACAGAGGAGCAGGAGCUUCCAAGUCAGAGGAGGAAGCAGCAACUGAUAGGUGGACCCCAGGUAAGUUGUCAAACCAUUUUUAUACUAAUUUAACUAUUUUCACUACAGCCAGCUGGCUGUUUUUAGUGAUUAUGGUGCUUGGUGUGUUCCUUUUCCCCAUAGGAAAGCAUUGAAUCAAUGCUGAUGCUGGAUGUCUUCAUGCAGAGGGUGAGGACGGCCAGCGUCAGUCACUGGACCAAAAGUCUGUGACGUCUAGGAAGCGCCUGUGGUGCUAGACAGCCAAUGGAGCCAGACUUAGUGCUGCAGUGUAAACAUUGCAGUGUCUCUAAAACUACAUUGUUUUACAUUGCAGCACUAUGUGCAAUAGGGACACUGUAUCCAGACCACUUCAAUGAUCUGGGUGCCUAUAGUGUCCCUUUAAACCCAGCUUUUAGGGAAUCAUAUUUAGUGCUCGUCUUUAUGUGGACUGCAGAUAAUACACAAUAUAACAAUUUCUUGCCCUGCUAUUAUGUUGUAUACCUCAUUCCAUGUAGUGAUCUAUUAUAUUAGCUAAAGCCUAUUAUCUUAACAUUUAUGUAUUUAUUUCUUCAUUUUACUUUAGAAAAGUGAAAACCGAAUAUUCAGCUAACUUUCUCUCACCUUCUGAAUAUAAAUACAAGGAUGGAGCUUGGGUGAGGACAAAGAAAGAAAUGCCUGAGCAAGUAUGUACUCUUCCCCAAACCUUUUUUUAGCAGAUAAUAUUCAUAAAACACAUUUGUUUAUCAAUGUAUAUGUACUAACCUUGUUCUAGAUUCAUAUGAUGACUUUUCUUUAAUCCUGACCGUGUUUUUAAAGUGUAUGUUUAUGUGUGUAUCCGUUUGUUUGUUCUUUUCUUUACUUAAUACACUAGGUGGCAGUAUCUGUAAAACUAAAAUCUGUAUAUUUCACAUCUUAAACUGUGCAUUGUUUCAGCUAUCACAUUACAUCGUUAUUAAGUCAUUAAAUGCUUAGUGUGCUUUCAUAAUUUACAUUAAACUGUUGACAUGAAAAAAGUGACAUCAGUGGGCCCUAUACCUGCUAGAAUGAUUAUCCACUGAUACCUACUAAUAUUUUGUCUGUCAGUAGUAAAAUAGUAAUUUAAAGGGACACUAUAGUCACACAGACCACUUCAGCUCAUUAAAGUAGUCUGGGUGCAGUGUCCCAGUCCCACUUAGUCCUGGAAUGUAAAUGAUUGCAGUUUUUGAGAAACUGCAUUGAUUACAUUGCAGGACAAAGACUGCUUCUAGUGGCUGUCAAUCAGUCAAUCAACCACUAGAGGCAGAUGCAUGAGGACACCCAGCAUCAGUGAAAUCCCCACAGGAAAGUAUUGUAGCAAUACUUUCCUAUGGAGAGGGCCUAAUCCCCUUGUGGCGCCACUUGGUAUAGGCAUAUUUUCAAAGACCACUUGGUUUUUUAGUAUUGUUCUACUUUGCUUUACUCUAAAUUGGCCAAACAGUAUAAUUGUGACAACUCAUUCUCAGAGGUGCUUUUAAGUUGUUAAGUAGGAGAAACAUAUUCUUAUGAACUUUGGAUUCAUAUAAAAUCGUCACAUACCUGCUUAUUUUAUACUUUAAAGGAACCCUUGAAAUAUAGUGCCAGGGCUUCCUCACUAUGAGAGAGUGGUCCCUAUACAACUUUAUCACAAUAUGAAGCACAGUGACCCUUUACUCAGGGCCGGCCCGUCCAUUGACUGCUGUAGAGCCACUGCUCCAGGCGGCACUCUGACUGUGUAUUUACAUCUGUAUGCAUGCCAAUAUCUGCAUGUGUGUCAGUGUACCCAGGACGUACUUGAAAACGAGAGAAAUCUCAAUGUAUCUUUCCUGGUAAAAUAUUUUAUAAAUAAAUAAAUAAUACUGACACACAUGCAGAUGCACAGACACAUACACAGUUGUAUAGACACACUAAUACACAUGCAGAAAUACAGUUGCACAUGCAGAUAUACAGACACACAGAUACAAACACUGCCACACAUGAAGAUACAUAGACCAACAGAUACAAUCAAUGACACAUAUACAGAUACAGGCACACAGAUACAAACACACAUGCAUAUACACAGACACAGUGCAUUGGUAAGUGUAUUGACUGCAGUGCACACACAGACACACGCUACAUCCAGUGGCAUACACACAAUCCAUGGGGCCCCGGUUCGAAACUGACCCGUGGGCCCCCCAUCUUCCCCUGACAGACACACACACCUACAUACAGACACACAUGUAUACAUAGAGACACACACACACAAACAGACAGGCACAUACAAAUACACAUACAUACAUACAAACAGACAGGCACACAUACACACAGAUAGACACACACACACAUACAAAAACACAUACAUACAAACAGACAGGCACACAUACAUACAGUCAGGCACAGACACACACACAUACAUAGAAACAGAAACAGACAGGCACACAUACAUACAGACCCACACAUACAUACAAAGACACAUACAUACAUACAGACACACACACACAAUAUUUAAGUCACCCUCCUGUUUCCUACCUUUUAGGUGCAGGAGGGUGACUUUCCCUGGGGUCCAGUGGUGGCUCAGGCUGGUGGGAGUCCCGUGCGGUCUGUGUGUGUUAGCUGGGAGGAGUGACGUGUGGUCACUUCCUCCCAGCAUUGAUGUCAUCACAGGUGGCCCGGUCGCGCUAUUAAAGCACCCAGCACUGACCGGGCCCCCUGGUAAUCCAUCUCCAUCAGGUGGCCCUAACAGCAUGGGCCACCCGAUGGACCCCUUGGACGGCGGCCUCGGUGGUUUGCCGCGUGGGCCGGGGCCGCAAAACAUGGCGGCAGGUAUCCGGUCGCAGGGGUCCAAAGGGCGACCGGGCCCCCAGGAGUGACAGGCCCGGUCGCAGCUGCAACCCCUGCGACCGUGGUAUGUAUGCCAUUGGCAUACAUCCCCAGCACACACACAGACACACGUUACAUCCCCAGCACACACAUAGACGCACACAACUUCCCCAGCACACACAGACGUAUACUACAUCCUCAGCACACACACAGACACAUACUACAUCCCCAGUACACACACAGACAAAAACUUAAUCUACAGCAAACACACAGACACAUAUCAUCCCCAGCACAUAGUUAGACACACACUUUAUCCCCAGUACACACACAGACACAUGUUUUAUCCCCAGCACAUACACAUAGAGACACUACCAUUGCAGAAACAUAUAUUGUUUGGGGGGGUUGUAGCAUUUUUUUUCAUUCUUGGACCCAGGCAGCACAAUGUCUUGGGCCGGCCCUUCCUUUACUCAUAGAAACUAUCUCUCCUGCCUGAUUCAGAUGGCAUGAAUGUUGCAGCAUUAAAUUAUACUUCUGCCCUGCAGAACAGUAUGGGAAAGAUACUUUGUUGCUGUCAUUGAUCCUUUGUAUUUAGAGAUAACGUGUGUUUUCUUACAUCAUAUUUUGAACCAUGUUAAAAAUGGAAAAAAGUACAUAUAGUCACAAGUAACUGCCAUAAUAAUGCCAGAAGGUUAAGGGAAAAAAACUUGAUCAACAGAUGCUGAUCCCUAACAUGUAGAAUUGGACUAAAGCAGUUAGAGAUAUCAUAUGAGAAUACAUAAUAAUUGUUUUAAGGUUCAGAGUUAGCCUAGUGCUCACAGAGAUGCCUUGCACCAUAACCACUUGUAGUGGUCAUAGUGUCACAUUAAUUAAAUUAUUGUUGAGCCUUAGGCCUGCUCAUAAAUAUAAAAUAUCAAAGGUAAUAGGGUACAAUAAACACAAAAAAGGCAAUAUAAUAGGUCCUUCUAAACAGGCAAUAUAAUAUGUACUUGUAAAUAGGCAAGAUAAUAUGGAAAAAAAAAAAUAUAAACCAUCUCUCACUGCAGUAUUGGUGUAACGACUAUGGUCUCCAUAGGGCUGCUUGGCUAUUUUAUCUGAUUUGAUCUGCGGUUUAUGCUUCUUUCAGCCAUUAUGGAUUCUGUUUCAUGAUGUGACUAUGAUGGACCAAUUAAGUCUAUUCACUUAGAACAACACUCUAUAAGCAUACAUAUAUUAAUUUAUAACAAUAAAGUGUUCCUUUCAAAAUUGAGUUCUCAUCCGUUUUUGUGAAUAGGAACUCUGCAAUCACCAUAACCACUGUAGCAGAGUAUAGUAGUUAUGGUGCCAUGGGUGCUCUGGUGCCCCGCUUCCAAUAUAAGUAGUACAAACUCCUGUCCCCAACCUCUGUGCAGCCUAAAGUGAGAUACGGAAGAUCCUGCUAGAAUCUUCUGUGGACUCUCUCAAGCUAAGCCCUGCAUUACAGAUACAGCGAAUUGGCGUCAGCUGAUUGCUCUUAGACAAUGGGUUAAGCCCUGUGCUGUUGGAAUUAGCUCAGAGCUUCUGGCUGCUGGGAGAGGCAAGGAAUAGUGCCCAGCAAAUCCUAGGUUAGAAGACAUACUGUUACUAAAUGGUUUGACUACUUAUAUUGGGGUGGCGCCAGUGCAGUCCUGGCUGGCACCAUAAAGCAUGCUGUAGUGGUGAUGGUGCUUGAUGUGUUUUUGUUAUGCUUAGUCUAAACACAUUAGCACUUAGUAUCACUGCUGAAAGUGGGCAAUAACAGCUGGAAUUUGUAAAAAUUACUGCUGCCAUACCACAGCUCACCAGUGCUGUCAAUCUGGCUGCCAAGAGUUCUUGACUCCAGGUUGCCUGUCUUUAUUUUGUCUCUUAUUGUGUGGGCAGCGUGUGUAGGCCAGGCCUACAUUAGUAAAGACUCUCUCCUCGCUGGAUAGAAACGAUCCAUGGACGGCGCAUGUCUGCGACUUUUCCGAUGCUAACACUGCCGUGCGGUGUUUAAACGGUUAGCGGCUGCAGUACGACUGCUGUCAGUUUAGUCAGCAGUUCCAUUUAUCCGUAUGUGAUGAUUACAACUGCAGUUUGGGAUAAACUACUUAUCCCAUAAUCCUCUUGCUGGGUCUCCAAACACUUAGAAUGACACUCUCCUGGUUGGAGUAUCUCAUUCUGCUGUGAAGGGGCCUGGCAGCAGCCGCUAAGCAGCACACUAAAGGAUAAUUAAAAUGGUAUGUCUCUUAUUUUUUAAAUUUAUUUUAUUUUGUAUCCAGUUUCUUUUUUUAUUAAUACAAUUAGUUUGUAGAACUUCCAUAAUUCAUUAAAGUAUUAUAUAAUAUUUACACACUCUAAUUCCUGUACACUAUUUUGUUGCUGUAAUUGUUUGUGUCGUAGUUUUAAAGUUCUAUUCUUGGACUUGUUCAACGUAACUUGUGUUGUGGUUCUACUUUCUCAAAUUCUCUUAUCUUCCUCUUUUUAGGAUUCUCAACUCAGUGUACACUCCAUGUGGGUUGCUGAGGUUGGUUUCUGAGUUUCUGCUCAUUAUUGAAACUACGUCACCGUCAUUAAUUUCCUUGAUUUUACCUUUGCAGUCUACUAUUGAAAUAAUUGUUCUACUUAUGUAUUUCCUUCAUUGUGCCUAGCUUAUGCACGGUUUCAUUUGUAUGUGUCUGUUUCCUUAUCUUAUAGUAGUAACUUCACUUGAUAAAUAUUCUAUCCCCUUGCAAUCCCUUGGCUUUUGCUUUUGGCUAUAUGUAGCUUUUUUGCUUGUAGUUAUGCCCAACACAGGUUUAUGUUGUAUAAAUAUGUGUGCCCCAUCUUUCAUGGUAUUAAAUAUUUUCUUAAUGUACCCAGGUGAAGGAGCUAAGAGAAAGAGCUGAAUUUUAUAAACAUCGCGCCCAGGGAACUCACUUCUCCCGGGAUCACUUGAAUCAGAUCCUAUCUGCAAACAACAGAAUGUGGGAUGUGUCUUCUAACUCUAGCAGCGAGGAACAUCUCAGCAACAAUAUCAAAGCACUAGAUCUCGCAGGGUAUGUCCUAUAUAGUUACUUAUUCUGAUUCUUAAUUAUUAUUCGCUUUUUUAAAAACAAAGAAAAUAUGCUUUGAACAGCAAAAAAUACAUUGUAAAUCCCCUGGCAUCAUCCCAUUGUAGGACUCCAGUCCCUUAGCACUGUUUUUGAUCAGUUUAACACUGAACAGGAAGUGUUGCUUAGGUCGAGUGUAACUUUGCCCUAAUUAUUCCAAUUGAUACCAUGGAUGGACAGCUGACAGUGGUCAGCUCAUGCUCUUAGCCAAUCACUGCUGCCCAUCACUGCUCAACACAAGCAGAUGCCCAGAAACCCUCAUUCAGAGUGAAACGUAAAUCUAAAAUACUAAACCAUGAGCUAAUGCCAGGGGACUCCAGACUUGUUAACCACGUCAGUGAGAUUAAGUGGCAAUGGUGCUUCGAGUGCCCUUUUAGUAGUUAUUUAGUAACCCUGGACUCUCCGCGGUACCAUGCAAUGCAUGGUGCAUCUCAGUUGAAAAGAUAAUAUUAAUAAUAAUGAACAAUAAAUCCUAGUUUGGCCUUGUUUCAUUGAAUUUCUAGGCUAGAUACUACCAACAAGAAUGAAAAACAACAUGAAUUGCAAGUGAAAUUAAAACCUACAACCGAGACUGGGAAUCUUGGGAUUUCGGAGAACCCUACUAUGCCUGUAAGAAGACGUCUGGUUUGGGAUGAAGAAGGCGCAGAGCCAGUGCAAGAUGAAGGAACGUUGGAAGUGAAUGGGGCUCCUACAGGUUCUCCUUCAUGCCCUCCAUUGGAGGGGAUGGAGGGGGUAGAAGAGAAUGGAGAGAAAAUAACUAAGAGGUAAUAAUCAAGAUGCUGUUGUCCAUUUCACAACCGGCCAGUGCUUCAUUUAAUUCCUUGUUAAACGAUAAUGUGCCAGGUGUGCUAUUAGAGAUUCCCAAACCCUUAUUUUUUAUGUGACCAGGAUAGGACCAGUACUUUUACAGAUAAUAGGCAAUUAAGUGGUUUUUCUAAUGUCUACAUUGUCACUUGCGGCCUGUUCUGCAUUUCGUGAAGAAAAUCACAUUGCAUAAAAAUAAUUAUUUAAAUUUCAUUCUGAAAUUGGUAGAACUAUGCAAAAUUAAAGGACCAUUAUAGUGCCAGGAAAACAUACUCGUUUUCCUUGCACCAUAGUGCCCUGAGGGUGCCCCCACCCUCAGGGUCCCUAUCCCGUGGCGCUGAAGGGGGAGGAAGUGGUUAAUCCCUUACCUCUUUUCCUGCGCCGGGCUCCCUCGGCGCUGGGACUCUCCUCCCUCUUCCGUCAUCGGCUGAAUGCGCAUGCGCGGCAAGAGCCGCGCACGCAUUCAGCCAGUCCAUAGGAAAGCAUUCUCAAUGCUUUCCUAUGGACGCUGGCGUCUUCUCACUGUGAAAAUCAAUGAGACAGCCACUAGAGGCUGGAUUAACCCAUAGGUAAACAUAGCAGUUUCUCUGAAACUGCUAUGUUUACAGCAAAAAGGGUUAACCCUAGAGGGACCUGGCACCCAGACCACCUCAUUAAGCUGAAGUCGUCUGGGUGCCUAUAGUGGUCCUUUAAGUGUUAUAGGAACACUGCAAACUCCUAAACAGUGUCCUACACGUAUUUUACAAAAGCAAAAAUAUUCAAGCUUUAAUGGCAAAACUUCAGAGUUUGCAGAUUCUUCAGUGAGCUUUCUCCAAACCAGGAACUGAUUCAGCUAAUCACGUUACUCACAUAAUUUUCUUUAGCUCUGCUGAAUAUAGCCUCUCCCAGACACAUUUCUGGGAAAUGUGUUCUAAUUGCCAGCUUCUUGCAAUGCAAAGCUAACUGGAAAGAAGCAACUGACAGGGUGGUCUUGUGGGUGAAAACUAAUAAUGAGCAAACUAAUUAAAAAAAAUAAAAAAUACAAAAUUAAAAAGAGUAAAAUUGUUAAUAUUGUCUUUUUAAACAGUUAAAAUAAAGUGUCCUAUUAGUGAUAAACAAAACUGAAUUAAAAAUAAAAGUUCUCUGACUAUAAUAGUGUAGAUAAUUUGUUAUUGUAGUAAGUUGGUACAGAGGUACAGCAGGUUGAGGCUUGAAAAAAGUCACCCCAAAACACAUCUCAUUUCAGAAUCAUUUAAAUAAUUAAAUAGGUGUAGAAAGUGCUGUAAUUAGAGAUCUAAUUAUUUUUAAUUUCUUGCUAUUUAAGUGAACUAGUUUAAUUAGUUAUUGAAGUUUGUACACACGUAUGCAUACAUUCAUGAUCUCCUACAAACAGAAUCUAAUUUUUUUUCUUGUGACCAAUGUAGAGAAUUUAGGUAAGCUGUAAAUCUGCCUAGCAUAAUUGUAAUAUCUAUAAUUACAUAUAUCUCUAGCAGUGACAUCUAACUACUUAGAUCAUAAGUCAUAAAAAAAUUUCUUUAAGAUUACAUGCACACUCUUUGACCCAAAAGGACAUUCCAUGGUAUUCUCACUAUUUCCUUUAGUUGCCAUCAUCGUAACCUCUUUUUUUCCCCACUCUGUCAGCGUUGGACUGUAUUUGCCCUUCGUUCAGUACUAGCUGUGUUGUGAGUCAGCAGGAAGAGGUGAGCUACACGUUGUUUACGUAGUGGAACCGUCUGUGCAGCCACAAGACUUGAUUUCAAUUUUGAAAGGAUUUUUUUUUGUCAAGUUUCAGGUUUACUAAAUUAUUCUGAUGGAAAGACUUGCAGGUAGGACAUUCCUGAGAGGUGGAAUGGAAUGUUAAAACUAAUUAGAACGGUCAUGUUUUAUUUUUUUGGAUCCCUGUUUCAUCACAGAACAGACAAAAAAAAAAAGAAUCCUUUUAGUCAACCUUUCGGAAUUAUAUUAUCAUGAAAACUCUUUUAAUACAUUAAAUCGAUUAGCGUCAUAAAUAAAGUUUUUUUUGAUAGUGCUAUUUGUGGGAUGUAGCUGACUUGCACCCUUAAAGGGCCACUACAGACCCCUAGCUGAAGUGCUAGGGGUCUGUAUCAUGGGUAUAGAACAGGUCAGAGUAUCAUAUAAAGGUGUAGUUCUAAAUCAAAUAAAAAUGAGCUUAAUUCAAAGCGGCUCUAAAUAGAAGAGAACCACCACCAGUAUAUAUAUAUACAGUUGCAAGAAAAAGUAUGUGAACCCUUUGGAAUAAUAUGGAUUUCUGCACAAAUUGGUCAUAAAAUGUGAUCUGAUCAUCAUCUAAGUCACAACAAUAGACAAUCACAGUCUGCUUAAACUAAUAACACACAAAGGAUGAAAUGUUGCCAUGUUUUUAUUGAACACACCAUGUAAACAUUCACAGUGCAGGUGGAAAAGUAUGUGAACCCCAUAGACUAAUGACAUCUCCAAGAGCUAAUUGGAGUGAGAUGUCAGCCAACUGGAGUCCAAUCAAUGAGAUGAGAUUGGAGGUGUUGGUUACAGCUGCCCUGCCCUAUAAAAAACACACACCAAUUCUGGGUUUGCUUUUCACUAGAAGCAUUGCCUGAUGAGAAUGAUGCCUCGCACAAAAGAGCUCUCAGAAGACCUACGAUUAAGAAUUGUUGACUUGCAUAAAGCUGGAAAGGGUUAUAAAAGUAUCUCCAAAAGCCUUGCUGUUCAUCAGUCCUUGGUAAGACAAAUUGUCUAUAAAUGGAGAAAGUUCUGCACUGCUGCUUCUCUCCCUAAGAGUGGCCGUCCUGUAAAGAUGACUGCAAGAGCACAGCGCAGACUGCUCAAUGAGGUGAAGAAGAAUCCUAGAGUGUCAGCUAAAGACUUACAAAAGUCACUGGCAAAUGCUAACAUCCCUGUUAGCGAAUCUACAAUACGUAAAACACUAAACAAGAAUGGAUUUCAUGGGAGGAUACCACAGAGGAAGCCACUGCUGUCCAAACAAAACAUUGCUGUACGUUUACAGUUUGCACAAAAGCAUCUGGAUGUUCCACAGCAGUACUGGCAAAAUAUUCUGUGGACAGAUGAAAGCGAAGUUGAGUUGUUUGGAAGAAACACACAACACUAUGUGUGGCGAAAAAAAGGCACAGCACACCAACAUCAAAACCUCAUCCCAACUGUGAAGUAUGGUGGUGGGGGCAUCAUGGUUUGGGGCUUCUUUGCUGCGUCAGGGCCUGGACGGAUUGCUAUCAUCGAAGGAAAAAUGAAUUCCCAAGUUUAUCAAGACAUUUUGCAGGAAAACUUAAUGCCAUCUGUCUACCAGCUGAAGCUCGAAAGAAGAUGGGUGUUGCAACAGGACAAUGACCCAAAGCAUAGAAGUAAAUCAACAACAGAAUGGCUUAAACAGAAGAAAAUACGCCUUCUGAAGUGGCCCAGUCCUGACCUCAACCCGAUUGAGAUGCUGUGGCAUGACCUCAAGAAAGCGAUUCACACCAGACAUCCCAAGAAUAUUGCUGAACUGAAACAGUUCUGUAAAGAGGAAUGGUCAAGAAUAACUCCUGACCAUUGUGCACGUCUGAUCUGCAACUACAGGAAACGUUUGGUUGACGUUAUUGCUGCCAAAGGAGGUUCAACCAGUUAUUAAAUCCAAGGGUUCACAUUAGUGAUGUCCCGAACGGUUCGCCGAACGGUUCGCGAACGGUUCGCCGCAGACUCAUCAUUGAGUAAACUUUGACCCUGUACCUCACAGUCAGCAGACACAUUCCAGCCAAUCAGCAGCAAACCCUCCCUCCCAGACCCACCCACCUCCUGGACAGCUCACUAAGAAUGCAGCUUCACAAUGAAUGUAAAAUGGAUGCUGUCCAGGAGGUGGGAGGGUCUGGGAGGGAGGGUCUGCUGCUGAUUAGCUGGAAUGUGUCUGCUGACUGUGAGGUACAGGGUCAAAGUUUACUCAAUGAUGAGUCCGUGGUGAACCGUUCGGGACAUCACUAGUUCACAUACUUUUUCCACCUGCACUGUGAAUGUUUACAUGGUGUGUUCAAUAAAAACAUGGCAACAUUUCAUUCUUUGUGUGUUAUUAGUUUAAGCAGACUGUGAUUGUCUAUUGUUGUGACUUAGAUGAUGAUCAGAUCACAUGUUAUGACCAAUUUGUGCAGAAAUCCAUAUCAUUCCAAAGGGUUCACAUACUUUUUCUUGCAACUGUAUAUAUAUAAUUUUGAACUACACCUUUAUAUGAUAUUCUGACCUGUUCUAUACCCUUGAUAUAUAGGAGCUUAUUAGGUUAUUUUUUUUUGAUCAUGUGAUCUUGCGAUAUAUAUAUAUAUAUAUAUAUAUAUAUAUAUAUAUAUAUACCUGCUGUCUAUAGCCAUUUGGUAUUCAAUUUUUACAUAGGGAUUAUCCACAGUACUAUAUGUAUUUCCAGGAGAUGCAUUUAGUAUCAAAACAUUUUUAGUGUUUUGACUCUUUGUAUCUUUUUCUGUUUUUUGUUAUUCAUAUUGGGGUUAAGCCCCUUGAGACCCCUGGAGUCUCAUUUCGGUACCUAAGAUAGGUGGACACUCCUGGCACCGUUCCUUCGGGUAUAGCACCUUUAGUGGUGCCCACUAUCUUAUAUUUUGUUCGCUUAUAGUGCCAGGAAGACAAAGUUGUAAUAUAAAAGAAAAACAAGUUACCCGCGCUCUCUCCUUAAACCCUAUGUAUUUUUAAAACAAAUGGAGGUUUUUUAGUUACCUCCAGUGGCCAUGAGAGGAUAAGCCCACCUGCCAACGUCAAGGCAGACCCCCCCCCCAAGGUGGGUCCUAACUCUAACCAUUCACCAUGCUUCUUUGAGCUUCUGGCAAAAAUCUCUAAUGAGACAGAAAGGGGUAUUUUUUAUAUACACCCCUAUAUAUUUAUUAACCCCUAAUAGGGAACACAUGAGAUGGGCGGCAGCAUUGUAACAAAGUUGUGUGAUACAAAUGCAGAAAGAUAGGUCCUGCGCUCACUCCCAUCACCAUUGGGCGGCAGUAAAGACUACAGUACACAUCAGCCUUGACGUGGCAGGCGGGCAUUCCCUCCAGUGGCCAUUGGAGUAACUAAAUGACCUCCAUUUGUUUAAAUAUAUCUUUUGUUCUUACUACAUAUUGGGGCUGAUGUGUACUGUAGUCAUUGCUGCCGCCCAGUAGUGAUGGGAGUGAGCGCCGGACUUAUCUUUCUGCUAUACAGGGAGUGCAGAAUUAUUAGGCAAGUUGUAUUUUUGAGGAUUAAUUUUAUUAUUGAACAACAACCAUGUUCUCAAUGAACCCAAAAAACUCAUUAAUAUCAAAGCUGAAUAUUUUUGGAAGUAGUUUUUAGUUUGUUUUUAGUUUUAGCUAUGUUAGGGGGAUAUCUGUGUGUGCAGGUGACUAUUACUGUGCAUAAUUAUUAGGCAACUUAACAAAAAACAAAUAUAUACCCAUUUCAAUUAUUUAUUAUUACCAGUGAAACCAAUAUAACAUCUCAGCAUUCACAAAUAUACAUUUCUGACAUUCAAAAACAAAACAAAAACAAAUCAGUGACCAAUAUAGCCACCUUUCUUUGCAAGGACACUCAAAAGCCUGCCAUCCAUGGAUUCUGUCAGUGUUUUGAUCUGUUCACCAUCAACAUUGCGUGCAGCAGCAACCACAGCCUCCCAGACACUGUUCAGAGGGGUGUACUGUUUUCCCUCCUUGUAAAUCUCACAUUUGAUGAUGGACCACAGGUUCUCAAUGGGGUUCAGAUCAGGUGAACAAGGAGGCCAUGUCAUUAGAUUUUCUUCUUUUAUACCCUUUCUUGCCAGCCACGCUGUGGAGUACUUGGACGCGUGUGAUGGAGCAUUGUCCUGCAUGAAAAUCAUGUUUUUCUUGAAGGAUGCAGACUUCUUCCUGUACCACUGCUUGAAGAAGGUGUCUUCCAGGAACUGGCAGUAGGACUGGGAGUUGAGCUUGACUCCAUCCUCAACCCGAAAAGGCCCCACAAGCUCAUCUUUGAUGAUACCAGCCCAAACCAGUACUCCACCUCCACCUUGCUGGCGUCUGAGUCGGACUGGAGCUCUCUGCCCUUUACCAAUCCAGCCACGGGCCCAUCCAUCUGGCCCAUCAAGACUCACUCUCAUUUCAUCAGUCCAUAAAACCUUAGAAAAAUCAGUCUUGAGAUAUUUCUUGGCCCAGUCUUGACGUUUCAGCUUGUGUGUCUUGUUCAGUGGUGGUCGUCUUUCAGCCUUUCUUACCUUGGCCAUGUCUCUGAGUAUUGCACACCUUGUGCUUUUGGGCACUCCAGUGAUGUUGCAGCUCUGAAAUAUGGCCAAACUGGUGGCAAGUGGCAUCGUGGCAGCUGCACGCUUGACUUUUCUCAGUUCAUGGGCAGUUAUUUUGCGCCUUGGUUUUUCCACACGCUUCUUGCGACCCUGUUGACUAUUUUGAAUGAAACGCUUGAUUGUUCGAUGAUCACGCUUCAGAAGCUUUGCAAUUUUAAGAGUGCUGCAUCCCUCUGCAAGAUAUCUCACUAUUUUUGACUUUUCUGAGCCUGUCAAGUCCUUCUUUUGACCCAUUUUGCCAAAGGAAAGGAAGUUGCCUAAUAAUUAUGCACACCUGAUAUAGGGUGUUGAUGUCAUUAGACCACACCCCUUCUCAUUACAGAGAUGCACAUCACCUAAUAUGCUUAAUUGGUAGUAGGCUUUCGAGCCUAUACAGCUUGGAGUAAGACAACAUGCCUAAAGAGGAUGAUGUGGUCAAAAUACUCAUUUGCCUAAUAAUUCUGCACUCCCUGUAGUUGUAAUAUAGUUCCCUAUUGUGUCUGAAUUUAUGUAAGUAAGGGUACUAUUCACAUUCUUUUCUUCCAACCUUGUUGUAGUGUUUGGCUUUGUUUAAAAAAUAACCCUAUAUAGUUUGGAAUAAAUUAUAUUGUGGAUAUUGAAGAAAUCCAAGUAAUUUAAUUCAUUGUUUUAUUAUGAAAUAAGUACAGAAAUAAAGCACACUACUGCAUGAAAAACCAGUGGAUAUUCCGUACAAAAAAACAAACAAACCACACCCUUGGUGAAAAUACAAGCAGACAGACUGAAUCCGUUAUUGAACUCUCUUAUUCAUGCAUACCAGGUUGGUUUUAUCAAAAGUCGACAAUUGUUUGAAAACACGAGAAGGAACAUCGAUUUGAUUUCGAGGCAAGUGGCUUCAGGGACCCCCAUGUUAGUGGUAUCCAUAGAUGCAGAAAAAGCCUUCGACAGAGUCCUGUGGCAAUUUCUAUUUCCAGUCUUGAAGAGUCUGGGCUUCCCAGAAGAAUACCUAACAAUAACGAGAGCGAUGUAUCACAACGUACGGGCACAGGUACAGAUAUCGGGAGCCCCACUGCACCCUUUCAAGCUAUACAAUGGAACAAGACAGGGUUGCCCACUCUCUCCCCUUCUUUUUGUACUAGCACUUAAGCCCUUGCUUCAAGCGGUACGCCGGCAUCCGAACAUUGCAGGUGGGAGGGUGGGAGACGAAGAGUUUAAAGUGUCAGCCUACGCAGACGACGUCCUUUUGACCAUCACAACCCCUCUAGAAUGAUAUAACAGAAUAUGGCAUGGUAUCAAGAUAUAAAGCGAACAUUCAGAAGUCCAGCGCUCUCCCGAUCUGCCUGACGCAAGCUGACACAUCUCGGUUACAGGAGAUCUACCAAAUUUGAAUGGAAACAGACUCCCUGAAGUACUUAGGGAUUAAUAUGACAGCUGACCCUGGGCGUUUAUACCCGGCUAACUACGCUCCGAUGCUCAGAGAGUUGAUGGGAGACCUAGACAAGUGGACAGAAAAACCCAUUUCCUGGAUUGGCAGGAUAAAUUCAGUAAAGAUAAUCAUCCUUCCACGCAUAUUAUUCCUCUUUCAGGCGCUGCCCAUCCGAGUCACAAAGACGCAACUGAUCCCCCUGCAAAGAUCUAUAGGAGACUUUAUUUGGCAGAACAAGAGACAUAGAAUCUCCAAACAGAUAUUAUACAGACGUAAAGAUAGAGGGGGCUUGGGCCUCCCGAAUCUCUACUUCUACUACCUAGCGGCUCAAUUGACGCAGAUAGCCAUGUGGCACUCCACACCGGAUGAGAGAACGUGGGUGGAAAUUGAGUCUAUGCUGGUGGGUGUCGAUGUUCCCUAGUUUAUGAUAUGGGUCCCCAAGGAACACAGACCGGCGAUACGGAUAACAUGCCCAGCGAUACUCAACUCGAUUAGAAUAUGGGACACAUGUAACACCAAAUACGGGCUGGCAUCAUCCCCCUCGACCCCAAUUCUUAGAAACAGAGAAUUCCCCCCUGGCAUGACCCCUAGAGAUUUUCGCAAUAUAGAAAGAACAGGACUACAACGGCUACAUCAGCUCUAUCAAAAUGGGGAGGUUGUACAAUUUGCAGAUCUCCAAUCAGGUAAUCACCUAACCCCUGCGGAUUUCUUUAGGUACGUUCAAAUUCGUGAUUUCGCUAAAAAACCACACAUUAAAACAGCAGCCUUGGGAAAACCCACCUUCUACGAGAGGUUAUGUUCGGACGGGGUAGCCCCCAAGGGGAUGAUCACACUAUUAUAUGCUCACCUUAGUGAAGAAAAUGGAGAAUGGGGAAGAUUGACAUACACUGACCAAUGGGAGACUGACCUCGGGGAGAUUCUGGAGGGUGUCGAGUGGCAGGAGAUAUGGGAGGCGAAUGCUAAAGUCUCAAUAUGUGUCACCUUCCAGGAGCAGGCAUGGAAAACUAUGUUUAGGUGGUAUACUACCCCCAAUCAAACUACAUAGAAUGCACAAACGGGAGACUGACGUUUGCUGGAGGGGAUGUGGAGCCCGAGGAUCAUACAUCCACAUGUGGUGGGAAUGCCCGAAGCUACGGGGAUUUUGGAGGUCCGUGGAGGAUCUGUUAAGACAGACGUUUGAUAGACCCCUAAAAAUGGAUCCGUGGAUAUACUUGUUGAAUAGAUCUGUGGACGGGUGGACCAAAAGGGAACAGAAAUUGGUACACAAGAUUACUCUGUGUGCACGCCGAGCAAUUGCGACAGCGUGGCUUACACCUGAGGGCCCAGAAUUCACAGGGGUUAUUUCCAGAAUCAAAGAAUGUAGAAUUAUGGAUGAUCUAACGGCGAGGAUGAGAGGGACCAUCGCGACAUUCCAAAAAACCUGGGAACCAUGGGACAAUAGUAUAGUUGGCUCGAGAAGAGACUGAGGACCUCCCACCUCCGGGUAUAAACCUAAGAUGUAAACACCCCUAUUGAAAGUGACUUGAUUGUCAACGAAGUGGCUGCGAUACCCCCCCCCCCCAACCCUCACCUCCCUUUUCUAUCUCUCUAAGCUCUACUUAUCCCAUCUCUUUUCUCUUCUUCUUUCUCUCUUCCUCUCUCUUUGUUUUUGUUUUGUUUUUUCCAGGCAAGAUCACACGGUCGGAGGAAUAAUGUAGCUUAAGUACUAGAUUGAUUAGCAAAUAUAUCGGCUACUUGUACUACUUAACUGCCUGUUUUUGAUUUAAACAUAAAAUACCUCAAUAGACUGCGGUUGCAAAGGUAUAUUAAGGAACGGGCUUGCAAUGAUAAGGUUGUAUUGUAUUUCCUUGCAAUGUUAUGUAAUUCAACUGGCUUCCUUAUAAGCCCAAAAGUGAAUGUACACCUGUUACGUUUAUUGUAAAAAUAAAGAAUCUUAAAAAAACCAACAAAAAAAAACCACACCAAGGCAAUGUCCUAAGAUCGUUGUUAAGCUAUGCAGGUGUUGGUGCUUUCAUCACCAAAUAUGCUAAAAUCUGUCGGGAUCUGAGUUAAACUAAUAGGAAACCAGCGUUCUCCCCUCGACUCCCUAUCUGUUCAGAAAGGUUUAUUAUGCCAAACUAUUUUCUGGAUCACUAUUUCAGUUUUAUGAAGAAGAUGGCUUUGACAACCAGGACAUACAAAAUAACUGUACGCAUAAUUUUAUGUUAUAGGGCUUUUUUUUUUAUGGUGACCUUAUGUGACACAGCCUCCUUUUUCAUGUAGAAUUACUUUUAUUGCACUCUGUUUUUCAUUUAAAACUAUUACAAAUGCAUGAAAUUCAGUUUUUGUGGUGUCUUGUUGCAGGCUGGAUUCUACAAAAAUAAAUAAACCAGACGAUAGGUCUGAAUCUACCUCGGUUUGUUCAGAUGUGACUGGGAGACUUCCAACCCCCAAACUGAAAUUAUCUGGAAAAGUCCAAAGAACACAUCAUGAUCUGACCACUCCGGCAUCAGGUAGAAUCUCAAAUCAUUACACUGGGCAGAUAGAAAGUGAUUCAGCUUUUGGAAGGCCAACAUUGCUGUCAUAAUGAGUUCAAAUAUAAAGUCUUUUCUUCAGUGCACUUGUACGUGUUACAUUUCAUGCUAGAUGUGUAGAGUUAAAAUAUUGGGUCUAAUGUUUUUUGAAUGAUGAGUUCCAUCAAACCCCAGAAAGUAUUUUCAUAUUGGCUGGGCAACCCACCUAACAGUUGAAAAUUAAACAAAACACUUUACUCAAGGCAUUUGAUAUGGUUCCUCACAAUAGGUUAGUCUUCAAACUAAAAGAAAUUGGUCUAGAUGAAUAUUCUUGUUCUUGGGUAGAACAUUGGCUUAAGGAUAGAGUACAACGAGUUGUCAUUAAUGGUAACUUUUCAGGCUGAACAAAAGUGGUAAGUGGUGUCCCUCAGGGUUCUGUUUUGGGACCCCUUCUAUUUAACAUUUAUAAAUGAUCUUGAAAUAGGCAUUAAAAGCCAUGUUUCAGUAUUUGCAGAUGACACAACACUUUUUAAAGUAAUAAAAUAUGAGCAGAAUAUUGCUUUGUUGCAGAGGGAUUUAGAUAGAUUGGGGGACUGGGCACUAAAAUGGCAGAUUAAAUAUAAUGUAGAGAAAUUCAAAGUUAUGCACUUUGGGGUCAGGAAUGCACAAGCAACUUACACCCUAAAUGGUUGUGAAUUUGGGAUAACCACACACGAGAAGGAUUUGGGAAUUGUUAUAGACAACAAAUUAGGCAGCAAUAUGCAAUGUCAAUUUGCAGUUGCUGAGGCCAGUAAGGUUUUGUCAUGUAUAAAUAGGGGCAUACAUUCUCGGGAUGAAAAUAUACUUUUGCCUCUUUAUAAAUCGUUGGUAAGACCACACCUUGAAUAUGCUGUGCAAUUUUGGGCACCUGUUCUAAAGAAGGAUAUCAUGGCACUAGAAAAAGUGCAGAGACAAGCUACAAAAUUGAUAAAAGGAAUGGAGGAUUUUAGUUACGAAGAAAGGUUAAAAAUUUUAAAUCUCUUUAGUUUGGAAAAAUGGCGCCUCAGAGGGGAUAUGAUAAUAUUAUACAAAUAUAUUCAGGGCCAGUACAAACCUACAUAGGAAACAAGGUCACACAUUUAGGCUGGAAGAAAGGAGAUUUCAUCUAAGGCAAAGAAAAUGUUUAUUUACAGUAAGAGCAAUAAGGAUAUGGAAUUCUCUGACUACAAGAGGUGGUUUUAUUGGAGUCCAUACAGAUGUUUAAACAGAAAUUGGAUAAAUACUUGCAAAAACAUAACAUACAGGGCUAUCAUUUCAAAUUAGUGGGGUUAUAGCUGCUUGAUCCAACUGCUAUUUUGGGGUCAAAUGGAAAUUUGAUCUAACUGCUAUUUUGGGGUCAAAUGGAAAUUUUUUCCUAGUUUGUUGCAAAAUUAGAAGCACUUCAGACUGUUUUCUUUUUUUUUUUUGCCUUCUUUUGGAUCAACAGCAAAACCAUGUGUGAGGAAGGCUGAACUUGGCUGAAAAGUCUUUUUUCAGCUAUGUAACUAUGUAACUAUAUAUGUAAUUUCCUUGACUUACUAUUAUACCCUACAUGGCACUGAUAAUGAAAGCACAUUGAAAACACCUGUGUGUAGACAACAUGAAAAAUGUGAAAAAAACUUAAAUUGAAAGCAUGCUCUAUUUAUUUAAGGCACUGGUUUGUAUAUAUUUAAAAUUGUUUCAACUGGAAGAAUAUCCUUAUAAUUUCAUUGAUUUAAAAUAUUUAAUGAAAAACACAAACCUAAGCAUUACAAACUACCAUAUAUAUAGCUACAGCAACAUAAUUGAUAAUAUACAGUAAUAACAAUAAAUCAUUGUAUUAGAUGUGCAAUCAAAUUCACCAAGUGCUUAAAAAUGAAAUGGCUCUAGGUACCAUGACCACUAUACUAGGCUGUAGUGGAUAUGGUCCUUGGAGUGUUCUUUAAAACAAAGUAAAUGCACAGGACUGCAAAAGUAAAUAUGACAUUAUUAAUAAUAGCUUGUUGAUCUACGGGAGACAUCCAACUGUUACUCUGAAGCCCAGCAGAUGUUUAAGGCCUUAUUGCCUAUUUCUUUAAUAUGUGGGGAUUUAUUUAUUUUCUUCCUUUUAAAAGGUAUUUAAAAGGACUGUUAGUUUGGAUGUAGUUCUUUGUUUCAGCUUAAAUUAAAAUGUGUGUGUGUUUGUUUAUAGGUGGAGCACUGUUGGUUUCCCCAGCAAAACCUCAUUGUCACACACCCGAACUAACAAAGAAGAAAGGGGCAUGUGAAGGGCACCAUGCUGUAACUAAACCUGUAUCCAAGGAAAAUCAUAAGACGGUAAAGCAGACAUUUACAUGUAUAAAUACAUGAGUAGAAUACACAAAACAUGGUGCUGGAAAUGAGGGAUCAGAAACAGAUUUUUUUUUUUUUUGUGUUUUUUUUUUUAAUGUAACCAACCCAACCUUCUGUUGCAAUGUAAUGUUUGUGACAUCAACAUAAAAGCCUUCAGGCUACCUGAAUUGAAACAUGACUAUAUCCGUUAUCCUGAUCUUGGCUUGUUUACUGACUAUGUUUUUUUUUUUCCUAUUCUAUACGUUAAGCCUGGCCACUCUAAGGUCCAGUAAUACCUCUAUCUCUUUUACUCCUGUUGCCUACUCAAAAAGAGAUAAAAACUUAUUUGUUCAAAACAGAAAAAAAUGUAGUAACCAUUUAUGAAGCAGACAUUAAAAUAGCUAGAGGCAUGCAAUUUGAAAAUGUUCUUUGGAAUUUUUGAGUCACAUUAUAAGCAAAUGUGUAUCUUGUUUCUGUUCAGCUAUAUGUUUCUUUUGUUAGUAGUUUGGUAAUGAUUUGUUUGACCUGAUUACUGCAUGGAUUAAUCUAGGUUUUUCAAGGAAAGGUUUUAAAUUUCUCAGUAACCAAAAGUUGAUUAUGGAACUUUGUUAAUUUGGUUGUGGUUCAAACAAGCUCGAAAUGUAAAUUACCAAGAAAUUGGCUAUGUUGGUAUACAGUUUUAAAAUGACAAACAUCUUACUGUGGUCUGAAGAAAUGCUAUGAAGGCUCUUGCUAAGCAAAAGUAAGAUUUAGAACCUUCCCCAUAAAAUGUAUUCGUUCGUAUUAUCCGAAGUUUUGGGUUUGAAUGAACACAACUCAAAGGGACCCUCAAAGCACUAAAACAAAUGAUCAUCUUAAUGGGGUAAUAUACUGAUAACAACUGCCUGGUGUCCCCUUACUCUAUAGAUGCACCCAACAGUUCCAUACCUGUAUUAGGACUUACCUGCUUACCUGAUCAGGGCCGCUGGACCGGAACUCUACGUGGCCCACUUUCGUAAAGCAAUAUGGGCACUGCCCACUCUAGGGUCGCAUCCUUAAAUUACAUCACUUUCGGUUUCCGAUUGGUCUUGUUACCCAGGAAACCUAAUUUCCCUACUUUUUGUGGUGGCAGGGGUGACUUGAACCAAUUGAAACACAGCUAACCCUAUUUAAAACUGCUUUGUCCCUAGUUUUGUGCCGUAUCAGGCUUUCUUUUGUAGUUCCCAGUUAGUGCAUUCCUUAUAUUCUUCUGCAUAUUCUGGUUUGACCUUGGCUAGUUUAUUGGAUUUUGUGUACAUCUGUAUCCCUGACCCGGCUUGUUAUAUGUUUUCCUCUUUUCUGUGAUUCUGAUCUGGCUAGUACCUCUGAUUACCCAUAUAUGCGUUAUCCUGACCUUGGCUUGAAUAUUGACUACGAUUUUUUUCCUAUUCUAUAGGCAACUUUGAGGUCCAGUUAUACGUCUAUCUCUGUUACUUCUUUUCGCCUUCCCCAGUUCUGCCUGUUUGGGUGUAUUAACUGCCUAAUUAGGACUGCCUAUUUAUGGGAUAAUACCAGACCCCACAUACCAAAAUGAGAGGCUUAAUGUGCAAAACUCAAUUUGCACAUAUAAGAGAAGUUUUAUUAGACUCAGUUUUACAAAAGGAAAGAAAAUCUAGUAGAAGCAUUAUGGACACAGUGAGGAUAAUAUCACAUUAUUCAGUCUUUCUGUGAGAUAACAUUUGUAUCUCACGUGGGUGGGAGGCUCCUGGUAGGGAACGAUGCUUUAUGCUGGCAAAACAAGGCAAUUACCGGCUAUGGAAUGUUACAUUCCUCUCUAGCAGAGGUAGGCAACCUUUUGACACUCCAGAUGUCACGGACUACAUCUCCCUUAAUGCUGGCAAAGGAGAGAUGUAGUCCACAAUAUCUAGAGUGCCUAAGGUUUCCCACCCCUGCCCUAGUAAGCAUAUAACAGCUAGGGGAAUGUGGCUAUGGCAGAAAAAAAUUAUUUUACUUCUUAAUGACAGAUAAUUGAGCAGUGAGACACAAUAGACAAGAUCUAUAAACCAAAAUCACUUCUUUAAGGUCACCAUAAACACAUAGACAAACCUACCUUGUUUACUCGUUUAUUUGUUUUUUUGUGCUUUGUAUUUCAUUUAAUAGCGUUAUAAAGUUGAAUAAGAAGAAUCAAAAGUUUAAUUGUGAUAUUGAGUUUGUGAGAAUAUAACUUAUAUUAUUGGUUAAUUCUAAAUAGUUUUUUUUUUUUUAAAUCUAAAAGAGAGCUCACAAUUUUAUUUAGUAUGUUUACUUAUCCCUUAUAUUAAACAAAUAUGUGAUUUGUGAGCUGUGAAAAAUCUAAUUAAAUGUAGAAAUCCACAGUCUUUAUCCAGCACACAGGAAACUCCAUCCUGGCUCCCUUUUACCCACUGUUAUAAGCUCUGUGCUUUGAAUCUAAAAGGAGAAAUCAAACAAUGUAUCUAUUUCUCCUCAUUUGCAAUGUAUAAAAUAGGUUAAUCUGAAUUGUGAUAUAAUUUGCAAAAACUGAACAUACAUUUAAUAGAAAAAAGGCACCACAAGCUAUAGGUCAUUUGCAAUGUCUUACGAAAUGUAAUUUCCAGAGAUGGGGCAAUUCCCCUUUAACAGUUUAUUUAGAUGUCUUUAUUGUAACACUUUAGUAAUUAUAAAUUAUGUAAUUACCUUUUCAUAAUGAUGUUUUUUGUGUGUGUAUGUAUUUUUUAAUCUAGAGCAAGGACAUGUCAUCACUGUCCCCACCAACUGCUGGUAUCCGGACUGUUGAUCCCAUUCCCUUAAGGCAGGAAGACUGGCCAAGUAACCAUGUGUUUGACCACCCUACCCCAGAGUUUUCCUAUCCCAUUAACCAGUCACAUGCACAGAAAAAAUUCUAUUCAUUACCACAACAGUGGAGCCCUUCAUGUCGUAUUCAUGGAGCACUGAGAGAUCCAGAGUUUCAGCACAACGGUAAAUAUAAUAUCUCCUAGCGUUAAACUUAAAAUUCAAUUAUAAUAUUAUUUAUAGUAGCAGUGCUUUUAAUAGGCAUAGACAUUUCAGUCCUGCAACAUUUGGGGAUCUUGGUCACCCCUUUAUUUAAACAUUAGAGGAGAACACCAAGCACUAUAAACACUACAGAAUGCUGCCUAGGGUAAGUAGCCAAACUGCUUAAGAAUGAUUUGACAAUUUACUUGGGUCCCACUGAGUUUCUCCUCCCCUGCGGCUGGAAGCUCCUUCCAUUGAGCGUAACCCAACUGUUCAGAGCUGGACUCAUUGGCUGUGAGCUCUCAGCCAAUGAGAUACGCUAAACAGAUUAGCUCAGUGCUUAGUUAGCUCAGUGCAGCUAACUAACUCCCUGCAGGAGCUUCCGGCAGCAGGUUAUUGCAGCAACAAAGAUCCAGUUCUUUAAGUGCCAGGGCACUCCUGACACCACAGCCAUUUCAGCGGGCUGUAUUGGUUAUAGUGCUUGGAGUGUUUAAGGGACCACUAAAGUCACCUAGGCCACGUCAUCUCAAUGUAAUGCUAUGGGUGCAGUAUCCCUGCCCUUUUAACCAUGCAAUGUAAAUCAUUGCUGGGUUUUUUUUGUUAGUUUUUUUUUAGAAUGUUUGCAUUGCAGGAUCAAAGCCACCUGUACUGACUGCCACUAGGAUCGCUUCUGUAGUACUGACCAAGUAAAACUCAGCCACUGGAUGCUGAAGUCCUCUUAGGAAAGCAUUGAUUAAAUGCUUUGCUAUGGGGAAGCUUGGGUGCGUACGUGGCACUCGCCUCAUAUGUGCUAUGGGAUAAGCUGAAGUGGUCUGGGUGCCUAUAGUGGUCCUUUUAUGUAAAUUUUAAAAAAACAGCCAUGUUAUUCACGAACUGGAAAGAUUCUGUGAGUCGCUGCUUAGUUUAGCUGUUCUUGGAAUUUUCUUAUCAGUUCUUGACAAUUCCCAGUUUGGUAAGUAACUGAUAAUAAUUAUAUAUGUUGAAUGACAACAGACUUGUAGCUACAUUAGCAAUGUCAUAUACUUUGUAAACAAGUAACAAAUUCACCGGCUACUUUGCAGAAUGUGUUGUAUCAUGGGGUUAUGGUUUAAUUCUUCAUUUAGAUAUAGUAUCUAGAAUCAAGCUGUGGCUACAAACCCAACCUCAGAAAGAGAGGUUAUGCAAGGAUAAGCAGUGUCACUGCAUAGCUAUGUGAAUCCGCACUUGAAAUGAAUGACAGCAAGUACAAUCAAUAAACGCAAUAGAAGAAAUUUAUUGUGAAAAGAAACAAGCUGACAUAGCUGUUUCUAAGCUGUACAGUGAAGACUUGUAUCCAAUAGAACAUCAAACUGUGAAUAGAUAAAGGGAUUGUUAGACCCUCAUCCAUGUGUAGGUAUAGAUUUACAGAACUAAUAUUCAAGGGUCUUGUCCCACUAUAAAACAUUGAUGAUCUAUGAAUGCAUUUUACAUCUCCUUUAAGAUGACAAAACCUUUGAACGUAGGCUUAUGUCCCUGUAUGCCACAAUCUGGCACAUUCUUUAGACCAAAUCCAGCCCGCAGGCACUAUUGAUGAAAUGAUAGAUAUGCAGUUCAUGUAUCCAAAAAUAAAGCUCAGUACAUUUUGGUAAAGAUGAAUUCCAAGUUAAAGAAGUUGGUUCUCAAUGAGAGUAAUGCAACUGACCUCUUAAAUAAGCUACAGAUGCAUUUCUAAUGUGAAAUUUACUCAGCACAUACAAAAUGAGAAAAUACAAUGGUUAUUGUUGCUGUGUUUAUGGCUUUGUGUGUUGUGUUGUUUAGUUUUUUCUAACCUUAAAUAUAAAACCUAUUUUGUUUAUUAUUUUUUUUUCCAGGAGAUUUUGGAAUUCCUGCCUUGUAUAAAAGUUCAUUAAGUGGGGAUCAGAGCAUUGAUGGUAUGUAUUUUUCCUCAUUCUUUUUGUUACCAUUAGCUUGUCAUGAUAUUCCAUAGAGUCUUUAAAGCUAAUGACAAAUAGCAAAUGGCGGGUGAAAAAAAAUUAAACACUUGAAGCAAUUCAUAAUGUGUACGUCUUACGUGGCAUUGCUACUGCCACAGAUUGUAAGCUCCUUUAAGAGGACUGUUUUGUCUAUUAAUUGAUUGUUUCUACAUAUCCCCACUGUAUAAAUGUUAAGCACUGUGAAAUAUGUUGCCUAUGUUAAUAAUAUAUGUUGGCUUUAUAUAAAUGUUUGUAAUAUUCAGUCUUUCAUAGUCACAGAGAUGGCUCAGUAGUUGGUGUCCCAGCUCUCUCCUUUUGAACCUGCCAGCCUGGAUUCUAACAGAAUAAACACAACCUUUUCAUUUUUUGUUUUAUAGCUAUUUAGUAGAUGUACCCCCAAAUAAAAUGUGCUUGUAUUUUUUUCUGCAUAUUGGAGUUAUAUGAAAAAAAAACGCUUGCAAAAGCUGCAGAUCUGCUGCCUGUAGCCUGUGCAAGCCCUCCUCUCUUUUCCUGAUACAGACUUUCAGUCUGUGCCGAGUAAUACAACAACCAGAGACUUCUCAUUGAGAAACUCUUUACUGGAGCUGUAUACGUGAUCUUGGCCUACCAGUACUUCUCAAUGAGCUCUAGUAUAGGGCAUUGAGAAGGGGUAGGGAGAGGCAUGCAUAACCUAGCUCAGAGCACCUGGCACUUCUGUCUGAAUGACACACAGGGAGGUGUCUGUACCUUUAUAAACAAAAGACAGACUCCAGGCAAAGGAAUAUUGCAGCCAUAAAACCCCUCAGUUUUAAGUAAAUAAAUAAGUGAACAAUUAGAAGAUAUGGUUUCCUACUUGUAUAGAUAAUAAUUAAAACACAUAGAAAGACCAACUUUAUGGCUAACCAACAUUCUAUGAUCAUGGAAUAAGUGAAUCCAUUCAAAUAACCUGAUAAAAUCUUCUUAAUUUUUAGUUUGGUUUUGGGAAGCCCCUUAUAAGAGCAUUUGGGUUCUAUAGCUUAAUAGGCAACUGAAAAGUACCCUGAAGGCACCAACACUGUUUCAUCUCAUUGAAGUGGCAUGGGUGCACUGUCACCUUCAGAGAACUGCAAUUUUUACAUUACAGGGUUAAGCCUGCCUGUUGUGGCUGUCUACCAGACAGCCACUAGAGGCGCUUGCUGCUGUUUCAUAAAGUGCACGCAUGGUGCUCGCCGCACAAGCACAUUGGGUUUCCCAUUGGCGUGGAGAUCUGAGGAGGCAGAGAUUGAGCCAGCGCUAAGGAUCUCGCUGGCUCAAUAAGGUGAGUGUAAAAGGGGUUUUAAACCGGCAGGGGGAGCUUCGAGUUAGGCAGGAAGCAGAGGAACAUUAUAGUGUUUGGAGUACAAUUUUGUAUUCCUAACACUAAAGUAUUUCUUUAAUAUUUUGGCUGCUGGACAUUUACCGGAUAUCUAGGUCUUUUAGAAGUCUUCCUUGAUUGGUACCAUGAAUGUGGUUUUUGGUCUUUUUCAGAUGACAGACUCUCACAAAUCUCAGCCAGAUCAGCAGCUUCAAGCUCUUUUGCGUCACAGGUUUUGGAACGAGCGCAGAAGAGAAAAGAACAUUUCUGGGGCAAAAAGUGAAACUUAGAUGUGACUGCACAUUAGAUUAUUUUGUAAUGAUUUUGACGUGGAAUCUAUAUUUUUACUAUGUGUUUUUAUUUUCUUACUCUAAUACGGAAACUGCUCUGCGUGAACAAUAGUUUUAUAUAUUGCAAUUUUUCUUGUUCUUUCUAAAUUUUCACUAUAUAUAUUAGUGUAUUUGAUAUUGGUACACACUAUUCGCAUUACUGCUAAAAUUGUCUCUUAAAAGAAACAAAAAAACUGGAGAGAAAAAAACUCUUAAAAUCAGGAAUGUAAACAUGUUUUUAAACUCUGCAGUAAAAGUAUAAAGAAAUAAAAUAAUGUAUUAUUUUGAAACUGUUGUGCUAGGCCAGAUAAUCACAUUUUGUGUCUGAAUAUCAGAAAAUAUUUUUUGACUGCUGAAUGCAAAAUUGAAACUCAUGAUUACCAUUCGAUGUCAGAUAAAAAGUGAAUUAUUUAUGAAAUAUAAUGGUAUUACUUGGAAGCAAACCUACUCUGUGUGUUUUAAAGGGUUACUCCAACAACCACCAGGAACUUUGGAUUAACCCUUUAAAAUGAAUCUGGGUUAUUUACCAAAGUGUGUAUUGAACGUGAAUUCAAUGUAAAUUUUAAAAUUUAGGGUCGGAGUAGCUGAACUGAAAGAAUAUCUGACUUGGAGAAUGUUUCCAGUUUAUCUAUUUGGACUUUAAAUUAGGAAUUUUCUUUGAAUUCACCUUGACUUCUUCUCAGAGCUGGCCCCUGUUUUUCUUUGUUUUGUUUUUAAAUUGUUUUUUUCAGAGUUACACGUAAGGAAAAGUAGGGGCUACUUUUCUUAAUGUAUUACUCAAAGUUUGACACAUCCUUUGUCAUUGACCCAGGGACUAGGUACUCACCUCAGUACAGCGCCACGUCAUGUCCUGUAGCGGCACAUCAGUGGUCACCUGAGGGCAGGUAACACGGCAUCUGUGAACUGGUAAUCCAGCUAUGGGCAAAGUAUACUAUUUCCGGCUGCUACCAUUUUAGAAUCAUGAAAAUGGUGGCACCGGGAAUGAAGAUGAAGAAUAAAGCGUAUAGGCUUUUAGCCGAGGGAUCCAAAUUGUGACAGAUCCACUUUGCACAGAGUGUUGAAAAACUGCUCUUACAGGUACAGAAUAACUGCACCAGUGACGAUGUAUUAGCGCAUUGCUACUCUGUAACAAACGGAUUACUAGUAACACUUUAAAACCCGCACUGACCCUAAGCAACAUACGCAAGAUGCAGCACUCUUUCUGAUGUUUAAGUAGACCUUCCAUCUGCAGGAGGUAGGUAAUAAUUAGAAUCAAUAGGAAAUAGAAUUGAAUCUAUAGAAUGUAUUCGUAAAACCACCAGCAAAUAUAAAGAUUCAAUGGUAAUCUUACCUGCAGGUUACCACUGCCUCCUCCAAGAUGGAGGCAUCGUGGAGGCUGUCAUUUUAAAGCAUUUGGGGAUCUACCUUUUGGGGAUCCUUGACCUAGACCAGAGGUAGGCAACCUUUGGCACUCCAGUUGUUGUGGACUACAUCCCCCAUAAUGCUCUGACACCCAGAAUGCUGGCAAAGCAUCAUGAGAGGUGUAGUCCAAAAAAUCUGGAGUGCCGAAGGUUGCCUAUGCCUGACCUAGACUAUGCAUAAUUUUCCUGUUCCCACCAUACAGACACAUUCUAGAUGCUGGGGAUUUUGCACUUAGUCUUGUGAAAGCAAAUGCAUAUUCAAGCUUCUGUUUCAAAGGCUGUAUUUUUCAGAUGUCAUAGAGGUAACGGGUAAAAACAAAAUACAGUCAAUAAUAUUUUAUCUAUAUUAUUGCAAAAAAGAUAAUUUGUGCAUGUCUGGAAAGCGUUAACUUUUUUUUAUGUUUGUUUAUUUUUUUUUGUUUUUUUGCUGUAGCUGUAGAUCGUACAACAUUCUCAAAAUGUAUUUAGCGUGAUUUUAUCUUAAAUUAUAUACUUUUAUACGUUUGCUUUGUUAGAGCAUCCAGAAGUGCUAGUUCCAAAGUGAUACUAUUUAAUAAUAACAUGAUACAUGUUUGCUUAUCUCAUUGUGUGUAGACCAUAGUGAUGAUUAUGAUGAGUUUAAAUCAUCCUAUUAAAUAUUUUAUUUAUAUAUUUUUUUUCAUUUUCUUUUGCUUUUAUUCACUCUUAUUUAAACCUUUAAAUAGUCUAAAAAUCAAUUUACGUGAAAAAAUAGCGGUGUUGCUAAUUAAUCUGUGUAUGAUAUAUACUUGAACAUGUUCAGCAUUUGAGGAAGUCUAUUCUGUACUUGACAGUACACUUAACUGCACUUUUAGAGGACUUUUUACCUGUAAAUAGCUGCUUGUGCCUAGAAGACAGGAAUAUUGGGUUUUCUAGAUGCAACCACAACACAGAAUGAAAACCGUUCUGAAAAUCUUACUUAAGUGAAUGUGGUCAAUCUUAGAAGAAAAUGUUGUGUGGCUGUUUUUAUUUUUUUUUUGCUGAUGGUACUUGUUAAAUUUCUCAUGGUAACAAAUGAAGUUUAAAAACCCAGGCAAUAUAUUUUGUAAUCGAGCAGCUAUAUUCAAUAAAAAAGCCAUUUUUUUUCUUUUUUUUGUCAAGGUAACUAAAUGUUUUUUAAAAUGUAUUGUGAAACAUGUAAUUACAGGAAACCUUUAACACAUAGAAAUACAUCCUUUUCAUUCUAGUAAAGUUUUUGCAGUGAUUAGAAGUGAAGAGUUUAAUUUUAUUCAACCCAUAGUUCUUUUUAGGUGAUACCCAUUCUUGUGACUCUCUUGAUCUGUGGUUUUUACUGUUGUGUGUGUUUUAUACUUAAAUAAAUCUGUUAAUUGUUUUUACUAUUUGUUUCUUAAUGAUUGACCACUUUCC